AUGCGCGACUACGACCAGGCUAUAGCCUUCCUCGGGGAGUGGGGUCCGUUCCAGCUCACCAUCUUCUUCCUGCUCAGUGCCAGCAUCAUCCCCAAUGGCUUCACCGGGCUGUCUGCCGUCUUCCUAUCCGCCACCCCCGACCAUCACUGCCUGGUGCCCGACACCGCCAACCUGAGCCAGGCUUGGAGCAAUGUGAGCAUCCCCUGGGAGCUGCACAAUGGGGAGCAGGUGCUGAGUAAAUGCAGGAGGUACAGGCUGGACACCCUGAGUGAGUACUCGGCUCAGGGCUUGCUCCCUGGGAGGGAUGUCAAUGUGAGUGGCAUAGAGCAGGAGAAGUGUCUAGAUGGAUGGACCUACAGCAAAGAGCUUUAUCUCUCCACCAUCAUAACAGAGGUGAGUGCAGGCAUUGUUAGGAUCAUUUAGUCUAAAAUCUGCUCCUGUGACCUCAAUUACCCUACCUGUACUGUACUGUAUGGUCACCCAGUCCUGGAACAAGUUAGCCUGGCUGCUGGUGUGGCCACUCAAUUACACUGAAGAAAUAGAGUCCAAUAAUGCACAGUCUUUAUUUAAAAAGAAAAUUGUGUGUGUGUGUAUAUAUAUUCUCAUAUACUUGGUAUUUUUCUUUUCUUGUUGUUGUUUCUCAAGCAGUAAAGACAAUAAAAGCAAUGUAUGUGCAUUGUGUCAAAAUAUGAAUCUCAUUGUUAUUGUGUUUUUGUUUUGUGUCUUAUUACAGCGUAGGCGUUAAGUAAAAUGCUUCAGGCAUAACUUAGAAACCGUUGUUCCAGAAAUCACAAAGUCUGUCUGUUACAUGAACUAGGCAGGUAGUGUCACAUCCAGAUCGUAUCGCUCAUAAUUAAAUACUCAUUAUGCAUAUUGGGGAGAGGAAUGCUUUUUAAUUGUAGUCUGUCAUUUGCAGGAAAAUUUGGGGAAAUUCCCUUAAAACUCACAACAAAUCGAACUACUAGGGAUGCCAUUAACUAAAUUGUAUUCACACAAAAAUACCUGGCUUCUAACAUUGUGCCCAAGUGCAUGUUUAGAUUAAACCCUCCCCCUUUUCACCUGCAAUAAAUUAAAUAAAUAAAAAAAAUUUUUUUUUAGGUUUUAUUCACCAGCGCCGAGACUCCCUCAGAGCUGCUUCCCACACUGUCUCCCGCUAUGUCAUUGUAGAGGUGUCACAUCCUGACAUCUUCUCCAAUACAAUGCUCCUCAUAGAGAAGCAUUGGGGACAAGGUGCGCUGCUGCAUGCAUGCAUCCAGCCAAAUGCUUCUUCUAGGAAAACCAAUGGCUAGUGGUGAGUAGAGGUGUCGCGAACUGUCCGCCGAACUGUUAGCGAACUGUCCGCCGGCGAAGAAUAGCGUGUUCGCGUUGGGUGAACAUAUCCGAUUUCCGGUCCGCCCCCUAUACGUCAUCAUUGAGUAAACUUUGACCCGGAACCUCACAGUCAGCAGACAUUUCCUGGGAGGGAGGGUCUGCUGCUGAUUGGGUGGAAUGUGUCUGCUGGCUGUGAGGUUCCGGGUCAAAGUUUACUCAAUGAUGACGUAUAGGGGGCGGACCGGAAAUCAGAUAUGUUCGCCCAACGCGAACACGCUUUUGUUCGCCGGCGGACAGUUCGCAACAUCUCUAGUGGUGAGUGGAAAUUUUGAGUCCUUCUUUAGCUAAUCUGGAGUUAAAGGAACACUCCCAAACACUAUGACAACUUCUGCUUUUAGGAGUGGUCAUGGUGAUAAGAAUCAGUAUGUGCAGUGUUAUUGCAUGAACCACUGCACAUACAGAGAUUUAUUAACUUUUGUGCCAGAUGCUAGUUACACCCCCGGCACAUGCAACUUAGCUCAAAACUGUGCUGCCUAAUAUCAGUUCUAUGCAAAAAUUGCACAUUUUAUCAAUGUGCUAGUGACCGGUGUAAUGAGCUUCACUUUUAAAGGCAGGGAAAUUUGCUUUCCUUUCCCAUCCCUCUCUCCAUGCGCUCCCUCCUGCCUCCAUCUAUUGCUGUCCAAUAGGUCCCCGUAAAAAAAAACAAUUGCCUCUAUACGUUUCCCCACCACCUUCUCUGUGAAGCAUUUGAUUUUACUGCUUGAGGCCCCUGGUGAUGUCAGAUGGAAGAGUGGAAAGCGCCGCCGCCGCCAGGCUUGGCCUUUGUGCUGGAUUCCAGGUAAAUGUAUUUCAAUUUUUCUGCUUUAUAACAGAGACUUCGACAUUGAAGUAUAACAAGGAGAUUUAACAGGAAUAUCAGUCACAAAAUAGCAAUAUAUAUGGCCCGUACAAAAUAAAUGAUAAAAAGAAAAAGGUGGUGCAGUUGAGAUAAGGUAUUGUCUUUAAUGUCACAGGUGAAGAAUAAAAGUUAGGGGUUGUGUUUUGAGUAGGGGUUCCCAACCCAUCCCUCAAGUACUGCCUACCAGUCCUGGAUUUAUGGAUACGCAUGCUGACGGCAAAUACCAAAUAUGAAUAGUAUUUACAUUAAAGGGACACUAUAGUCACCCAGACCAGUUCAGCUCAAUGAAGUCGUCUGGGUGCCAGGUCCCUCAGGUUUUAACCCUUUACAUGUAAACAUAGCAGUUUCAGAGAAACUGCUAUGUUUACAUUUGGGGUUAAUCCAGCCUAGUCUAGUCUUCCGGACAGCCACUAGAGGCGCAUCUGCGAUGCUGGAGGCGAAUUUCGCCUCCGUCGCGUAGAGCGGCCAUAGGAAAGCAUAUAGAAAUGUGCAUUCGGCUCCAGUGACGGCGGACGUGGGAGCUGACCUCGGACAGGGAGGAGCCCGGCGCUGGAAUACGGUAAGCUGCUGAAGGGGUUUUAACCCCUACAGCGCCACAGGAGGGGGACCCUGAGGGUGGGGGCAACAUCAGGGCACUAUAGUGAUCUUUUAACCUGCCUUCUACUCUCUAUCCCAGCUAGAAAAGUGGUGCUGCUGGAGGGGUAAUUACACAUCGGGCAGAAAGCUGUUAUAUGUAUGUAUGUAUGGCGCUGCACAUACAGACUCCAAGUACCAUGACCACUUCAGAGAACAGAAGUAGUCCUGAUGCUUGGAGAUACCCAUUAUGUCAAGUUAGGGGAUUAUAAACUGUAAUGGCUGUAUAGUGGUGAUUAGAUAGCUGUAUGUUGGGAAUUGCAGCAUAGUUUUGUUGUAGUGUUUGUUUAGGGAAGAGUGGGAAGCCCACUUUUCAGUCCUGUAUGGAUUAUUGAUGCAUGGCCUCAUGAUUACCACAAGGCAAGGAAUAGAGACAUUGGCAGUUUCCUGGCCAAUAAGGGAAGAUGCCAUGGGCAGGGAGUUAGGUGUAAAAGCAGCAUCAACUAAAGUUUUCUGCUAGUCUAAUUAGCAUAGGCCCAAAAUAAGCUAGUCUACCCUGUACUAAGGUAGCGGUGCAAAGUGUACAUAAGGGGGAAUGUACACUUAAUCCACUCAUUUAAAUAAUUGUUUUACCCAUAUUUCUCAGUGAGCUGUGGUACCUUUGUGGUAAUACCAUAUUUCUCUGAAAAUGAGCCCUAGCUUAUUUUCGGGGUAUGCUCCUAAUAUAAGCCCUAGUUCUUUGCUAAUCUAUACACAAUCCAAAAAUACACAAGGAGGAGUAUCUUGCAUACAAUUUUGGGAACUCUUAGUGGUUUGGAUCCUAAAGGAGUAUAAUCCUAUAAUUGGGGGAAAAGAUAAACAAACACUAGCGCAAUAUUGUCUGAAUGAAAGAGUUAGUCCGUAAAAAUAUGUAUUUAGGCUCACAAAUAAAAAGCCAGUAAAUUCUUGGCUCAAGCUAACAGCGUGGUGGAAUUGUGUAGGGUCCCACUCCCUCUUCUGUAUGUUGCAGUCACUUCAGCUUAUUGAUAGUAGUCACCAAUUCAAUAAUUCAGUUAAGUGCUUUAUUUUUCAUAAAGUGCACAAAAGUAAAAACAAUAAAAUUAAGAAUUAAACGCUCUUACAGUUAGAGUAGCAAGUCCUUGAAAUGUGCAAAACGCUUUUCGCCCCUCUGGGAGGCUUACUCGGUUGCUAUGGUUUAAUCUACAUUCUGUCCUUCUUUUAAAUCGUUGAAUUUUCCCCGAACAUAAAUUCACGGGAUUCCACACGCGAGUAAGCUUAUCUAUGUUUUGGGGAAGUUUCCCGAACAUAGAUACGUAAGACUCCAUUCGUGAGUAAGCUGAUCUAUGGUCGGGAAAGUUUCCCCGAACAUAGAUUUGCAGGAUUCCAUGCCUUCAUGAACUGGUCUAUGUUCGGAGGAAUUCCAUAUAACAUAAACCUGCUUUCUAGCACACGUUUUUCUCCAAAAUAAGACCUCCCUUGAAAGUAAGCCUUAGGCUGGCCACAAUAAAAGGCCACUCUAAAAUGUGCCGUUUUAUCACACAGCACAAUGCCACAGAUGUCGCGUGUUUUGAGGGAGCGUGCAAUUGGCAUGCUGACUGCAGGAAUGUCUACCAGAGCCGUUGCCUGUGAAUUGAAUGUUCAUUUCUCUACCAUAAGCCGUCUCCAAAGGCGUUUCAGAGAAUUUGGCAGUACAUCCAACCAGCCUCACAAAUGCAGACCACGUGUAAUCACACCAGCCCAGGACCUCCACAUCCAGCAUCUUCACCUUCAAGAUUGUCUGAGACCAGCCACCCGGACAACUGCUGCAAUAAUCGGUUUGCAUAACCAAAGAAUUUCUGCGCAAACUGUCAGAAACCGUCUCAGGUAAGCUCGUCGUCCUCAUCGGGGUCUCGACCUGACUGCAGUUUAUCGUAACCAACUUGAGUGGGCAAAUGCUCACAUUCGAUGGCGUCUGGCACUUUGGAGAGAUGUUCUCUUCACAGAUGAAUCCCGGUUUUCACUGUGCAGGGCAGAUGGCAGACAGCAUGUAUGGCGUUGUGUGGGUGAGCGGUUUGCUGAUACAGUAAAUACAGUAAAACUGCACGUUUUAGAAUGGCCUUUUAUUAUGGCUAGCUUAAGGCACACCUGUGCAAUAAUCAUGCUGUCUAAUCAGCAUCUUGAUAUGCCACACCUGUGAGGUGGAUGGAUUAUCUCGGCAAAGGAGAAGUGCUCACUAACACAGAUUUAGACAUAUUUGUGAACAAUAUUUGAGAGAAAUAGGCCUUUUGUGUACAUAGAAAAGGUCUUAGAUCUUUGAGCUCAGCUCAUGAAAAAUGGGGGCAAAAACAAGUGUUGCGUUUAUAAUUUUUUCAGUGUAAGACCUGGUCUUAUUUUCGGAGAAAAACUGUAGUAGUAAUAGUAGUAGUAGUAGUAGUAGUAGUGCCUUUGUGCAGCUAACAGAAACAGCGGAAUACCACCUUGGCUGUCUGAGUGACAGUCAGGGAGGUAUUUUUUUCCCCUCAAUUAUAAAAGUGCAGAUUUUUAUUGAAAUCUGCACUUUUGUAAACUGUCACAAGUAUGACUGAAUUCAGACACAAAAAGCACUUCUGUGUUCUUUCCUCCUACCCCCUUCCCCUGUCCCAUAGGGUUUUUCCCCCUUCCCCUGUCCCAUAGGGUUUUUCCCCCUUCCCCUGUCCCAUAGGGUUUUUCCCCCUUCCCCUGUCCCAUAAGGUUUUUCCCCCUACCCCCUUCCCCUGUCCCAUAGGGUUUUUCCCUCCUCCCUCCCCUGUCCCAUAGGGUUCUUCCAUCCCCUGUCCCAUAGGGUUCUUUCCCUCCCCCGCCCCUCCCCUGUCCCAUAGGGUUCUUUCCUCCCUUCCCUCUCCCAAAGUGUAACUUCCCCCUGUCUUGUCUCCCGUAGGACAGGAGAUUGUCUCCUGUACUGACCGGAAGUGCUCUCUCAGUGAGCCGGGUACAGGAAACAUAAGUUCCUGUACCGCGGUGCGCACUUCUCCGCUCGGUUACGCUUCACAGAGUGCCUGGCAGGAGGGAGCGCUGUGCGCCCACCUCCUGCCAGUCACUUCAAUCUAGCGCCAGCCCACAUCAUUAUCAGUAUUAUGGUACCGAUACUUACAAAAAAACUGAAUAUCGGCAAACUGAUAAUCGGUCGAUCCCUAGUCAUUAAUGUAGCUUCUUUCUAGAUAUAGCAGUCCAUGGGCCUGUGUCUUGGUUUUCUUACAUUACAUCUCAUAUGACCUCCACUGAGCAGCGUACACUAAUUUAGUUUUGGGCAAUAGACAUUUACUCCCUGUUGGGAAUAUUGUGUACAAUGUUUUGUAGUGUCACAUGUUUAACUCUGAACAGAAAGGAAGAUCAAGAGAAAAAAAGAAAAAUCAUUGUUUAGUAGAUAUACCCCAAGCAAAUGCAUACAUGCAUUUUUAAAUGCAUGUAUUCUUUGAGGGCACAUCUUAAAAGAACUUGCAAAGACAAUUGCAGCCUAAGCAAGCCCUCCCCUUUUUUCACUGGGAAAUAAUCAAUCAAUCAAUCAAUCAAUCAAUCAGGGGCUUCUUAUUGGGAAGUGUCUGAAUUGGUGCCCUGUUUGAUGUCUGGAGGAUCUGGGUGUGCUGAUCUGCCGUCUGUGUGGAAGGAGGCCGGUUCGAUCAAGUGUGCUUGCCACUUUAAUUGGCUCAGGGGUUCUAAGAUAAGGAAGCUGCAAACUUCCCUACUUGUUUGUUUGGCAGCAAGGGGUGUGCUCCAUGGUUUAUUGAGAAAAGUGCUGGUUUCUUCACUUUUAUAAACUAGGGUUAUAAUAGGACACUGCUAAACCUAGCAAACUGAAGCGAUUUUUGGAGUGUGGAGCGGUCAUUUGAUUAUGCCUCUUUGUUCCUCCUCACGUCACAUUUCACAUCUGUUUUGACACCGAACAAAGUAUGUCCUGACACGAACCAUUGUUGCGUCAGUUCUGAUCCCUUAACACUGUAUUGUGCAUUGCAUUGACAAAUUUUUCACUUUGCUGCACUUUAGGAAUUAUUAUUUUAUUUUUAUUUUUUUAAAGGUAUAGCGCACUCUUUUUAUUUUUUUUUUAUUUUUUUAUCUUCAAUUACCAGACAACCAGCCCUACACCAUUUUGGUGACUAAGCACACACAUGUUGUGGGCGCACAAGAAUGACUGACUCGUGCCUACCUAUACUUGCCAGACCUAUAUAAGCUUUCACAGAGUUCUGUUUCAUUCCUGAGUUUCAUACAGCAUGUUCUUUGUUUAGUGUCUUUCCCCGGUAUAAAGACUCUGCUUGUUUAACUAUUCUGAUCUCUGUAUUACUAGGCCCAUCCUUGUAUAUUUCUGAAUCCCUAGACCUUGGUUUGUUUUUGACUCUGCAGUUUUCGCCUACUAUAAGCACUGCAUUAAGCCAAGCCAUACUAAGCACCGUUAAUACGCCGCAUUUUUUUUUUAUUUUUAACGAUUAGGGUUGCAUAGAUUCAAGCUUUGUAUGAAGUCCCAGAUGAAGGUGCAGUAGUAGCGCUGAAACGCAUGUCAAUAUCCUUUUUUUCCUCCUCUGAACUGAAUCAUGAGGUCUUUGGAUAAUUUUUUUUUUAUUAUUAUUAUUACAGUAUAUACUCGAGUAUAAGUCUAGUUUUUCAGCACAUUUUUAGUGCUUAAAAACCCCCACUCGACUUAUACUCGAGUCACUGUCUGUAUUAUGGCAACUUAGAGAGCCGCGGCCGUCAGAGCCGUGGCAACAAUCCGCGCGGCAACCAGACCGCGAGACUUACAGUGGAGCUGACCGGAACGGAGGAGAAGGGAGCUGACAGGAGCUGCAGGAAAGGUAAGUAAAUGCUUCCUGCCGGCUCCCCACUUCACAGCCCAUGCCACUGGACCACCAGGGAUUAAGAUAGCCCCCCUCCCUGACCGGUUAACAAGCAGGGAGGGGGGACAAAAAAAAAUUAAAUAAUAAAAAAAAUAUUAAAAUUAAAAAAAAUUUAAAUAAUAAAAAUGCCCUCCCCCCACCCAGUUCACACACACUACACAAACUCUUCAUUAUAUACACACUCUGCAUUAUAUACACAGUGUAUAAUGCAGUGUGUGUUUGUAUGAGUGUGUGUAUAUAUAAUGCAGUGUGUGUGUAUAUAUAAUGCAGAGUGUGUGUUUGUAUGAGUGUGUGUGUGUGUGUGUGUGUAUAUAAUUAUAAAAAUCACAGAAUUUCAUAGCCCCAAGUUUUACCCUCGACUUAUCCACGAGGCAUAGCAUAUUUCACAAUUGUUGGUCACAAAACUGCACUCGACUUAUACAUGAAAUCGACUUAUACACGAGUAUAUACGGUAUUAUUAUUAUUAUUAUUAUUAUUAUUAUUAUUAUUAUGGUAUUAUUAUUGUGGUUGAUUCACAUUUCAGAUUGGAUGUUGAAGUGGAGCGUUCUCUCUUAGUUUGUAAUAUAUCGUUUGUGUUACAUUGUUUCAAGAAUUAUUAUUUAGAGACACUUUGUUAGCCCCUUAGUCCACAGGAAAACUUGUUGAUGGUCACUAGAAAAUUGAUCCUCUUUAUGAAAUGGUUUUUAUUUGUAACAUAUUUUUUUUUUUUUUUUUAAGAUUAAACUCAUUUUGACCAAUUUAAUCUUAUUUAUGUUAUGAUACUAAAGGUUUUGGCAGGUGUUUGGGAACAGCAAAAUAUGUUUGUACCUUACAAUAAAAUGAAUAAUGGAAAAAAAAAUGGGGGUGGGGCAUCUGUAGAGACAAAAUCUACCAGGACAUACUUGAAAACUAGAUGAAUCAAAAUGUAUCCUUCUGGGUAAAAUAUUUUAUAAAUAAUUAGCGGUGAUUAUGUAAAUAGAAAUGAUACAUGUUGAACAUAAACAUGCAUUGUAUUUAUGUAGCAUAGAUCGUUUAGUGUUUGACUGACGAUGGUGUGAUAUGGACAGCUACCACUAUACCUGAACUAAGAUGAGCACUUGGAUACAUGGUGUGACGAAACGCCUUUUGUCACCGGAUUUUCCCCUUGCUGUUGGAGGAGCCUGAUUGCCAGCCUCUUGCCUCAUGACUAUGGCCCUGGGUUAUUUGGCCCUUCAAGUACAAUAUUUGGGCAUAUUGGAUUUGUAUGGUGCUGCUGCUGGCCCUUUUAAAAACCAUCCCUGGACAUAAUAUGACUUUUAGGAACAAUGUCCCUUUAAGACUGUGUAGCAGAUUGCAUUCAGGUGGUCUGCAAUAUUAUAUAUGCUAUUAUGUGUUCGGUAAAUUGGAAAUGUGUAGGUUCUAUGUGAUAAAUGUAACAGUAUGUAUUUUUAUGUCUUUUGUUGUCCUUUGUCUGCCAUGUGGCUAAUGGAGUUUUGCCUCUGUCCUUGGAGAUAAUUGCAUUACUUCUCAAUUAUCUCCAGAAUAGAAGACUCUGAAACCAGUUUGGGCCAGAUAGCCAUGCUGCCAGUCAGGCCCCAAAAGAUACUUGUGCUAACUUCUGAACCCCUGGUCUGAUUCAGGCCAUUUUUUAAUAUGUUGUUCCCCUGAAUGGAUUGAUUGUGAAUAUGUAGUUUUAUGUGAAUGUGAUGUAUAGUUUUAGAGUUAUGAAAGUUGGGUAAAAAGUGUGUUUUAAAAUGUAUGGAUAAUUGGGUUACCUCUCAGGCUAAGGGGAGGAGAUGUGUGGGAUGUAACCAUUGUGUGAUUGGUUGUACUUUGUCCCACCCAGUGGGAUGUCCCCUUGCAUGGGGACCUGCAUAAAAGAAGGUUCUUUGUGUGCCAAUAAACAGAUCAUCUUGUACCUUCAUGAAGUUUCGGCUCAUGUUUGGGGGAUUGGAGAAACUACACUCUGGGGAUUGCUAUAAUCACUAUACUCCCCAGGGUAUAAUCACUAAGCUCUGCUAAGAGCUUGUUCCUGUUCCUGCUCUCUGGAAUUCGGAGAGAGGUCGACCUGCUUGAAGCUGGACCCUGGUCCUGGGUCCAGAGUGGGUGAAGACGGCGAGAUCCCAACCAAGCUGCGGCGGUUCGUGGGGUCUGCAGUGGUUAUGGUGUCAGGCAGAGUGCUUGGAGUCCUUGGAAAGCACUAGGAGCAUCCGUCGGCGGAAGGUACCCGGUCAGGGUGCCAGCGGUUCCGUUACACAUGGCUUGGAGAUGUGUUUUUGGUUUUUUGGGUUUUUUUUUUACUCCCUCACCCCCCCCCUUACCGUAAAAAAUUGGCUGAAUGGUACCCUUUAAUCUUUUCUGGAAUGUUUUUCAAAUCUCUUUGCUUCCAAGUGAUCUGUCUGGUGUUCCCAUGCCUGCUGCUUGGCUUUGCAGGUGUUUUCUCCUUUGUGCAAUCAUAUUUCUAUUUAUCUGUCACUUCAACUUUUGGAGUCUUCAUCUGCCAGGAGAUGUCAGUUCUGCACUUUUCUUCAAGAGUACAAAAUGGGAGUUUGUGCAAGACCUGCGUAUCCUCCAUGGUUUUUCUCGCGCAGUCACAAUAAGAUUCCUGCUCCCAUCAGCCUUCAUGGGUUACCGCUAAUGUAAAAUGUCAGGAGAGGGGGACAGAAGGUCUGAUCACUGCCACAUUUUUUACUAGUUCAUAUGAAAAUUAGUCUACUCAUUGUCAUUAUCUUCUGAAAAAAUGAAAUCCCUACGCUAUAAAAUUUUUGUUAAUCUGCUGAUUGGAAAUGAAGUUGAGUGGAAGCUACAUAGCCUCUUACCUACUUUUCAUGUAAUCUAUAUUCCCAGGGCUAAAGUUCACAUAAAGAAUUACAUCAAACCACCUUUUAAGUGGCGUGGUUUUCGCCAGUCCCAUGGGUGAUUAUUUUUACAGAACUGUAAAAUCUGACCUGAGCCAGGAGUACAGUUACUGAUAGUGACUCAUUACAAAAAGAAAAGACACCACCCUUAAUAAAUGGAGAAUCACUUUAUUAUCAUGCCACUUCAUUUGGAACUCUUUGUUUAAAAAAAAAAAAAAAAAAGCCUUUCUAAUUACCACAGGUUCAUGGGCUAUUAAUUUAAUCUGUACCUGCUAUUCCUUAUUGUGACCCACAGUGGUAGACACUUGUGGUUAGAAUGUUCCAUUGUGCCUUGGCCUGGCCUCUGUUAAAUAAACUGUAUGCAAUUCCGAUAUUGAAACCAGCAUAUUACCAUGCAUUUAAAGAGAGAUUCAUUUUCCAGAGCUUUGCCCAAGGUACAUUGGAAACAUGCUCUGGCACUGUAGACCGCUCUUGUUUUGCAGCUGGUUGGCACAAACUAAUUGUAACGGAACUCUCCGUACUCUGACCGAGUACCUUCCGUUGAUGGACGCUUCCUAGCUUGCGCCGAGGACCACAAGCACCGCAUCGGACACCACAACCGCCGUAGCUUAACUGGAGUCUCGCCGUCUUCCUUCCACCCCGGAUCAGCUUCUGUCCUGCAGGACCGUGUGGGGAAGGCCUCUCCUCCAGGAGAGCGUAUCAGGAACAAGCUCUUAAAAGAGCUAAGUGAUUAGAGUUCAGGUGAGUAUACCAAGUAUAGCAAUCCCCAGUGUGAAUAUAGCUGUUCCCUCCAAUCACGAGACAAGACUACAUGUUGAGGGUCUAGAAGAACUGAAGUUUUAAUCAAACACUUUGCUUUUAUGCCCAUUUUACAAACAUAGUACUGCCCACAGGGUUUUGAAGAACAACCAAUCAAACCUGUAUAAUAUAAUAAAACACUCCCAUUCAUUCCCACAAAAUCCUCCCCUCUGCCUGUGAUAUAAUUACUGUACACAAUGGGUUAAAGUAAUUAUCACAGGCAGGAAAAAUACACUUUUUACACAUAUACUAUAACUAAAAAUAUACAUUCAAGUUACAUAUUAAAGGACCACUCUAGGCACCCAGACCACUUCGGCUUAAUGAAGUGGUCUGGGUGCCAGGUCCAGCUAGGGUUAACCCAUUUUUUAAUAAACAUAGCAGUUUCAGAGAAACUGCUAUGUUUAUUAAUGGGUUAAGCCUUCCCCCUAAUCCUCUAGUGGCUGUCUCAUUGACAGCCACUAGAGGCGCUUGCUUUCCUAUGCGACCGGCUGAAUGUGCGCGCAGCCAGCCGACGGGGCGGAACGGAGGAGCAUCGGAGGCAGAGAGCUCCCCGCCCAGCGCUGGAAAAAUGUACGUUUAAACCCCUUUCCCCCUUCCAGAGCCAGGUGGGAGGGGGUCACUGAGGGUGGGGGCACCCUCAGGGCACUAUAGUGCCAGGAAAACGAGUAUGUUUUCCUGGCACUAUAGUGGUCCUUUAAUACUCAGUACACUUUAAUUACACACAUAUCCAAAAUUCAGCCAAUUCCUUCCAGAGAUUAAAAAGUUAGCUGGAAGUCCUUUAUGACUGACUGCAAGCACAUUUUCAUGCCCAAAACAGUUCCAUAGAUUUGGACUGUGCGGUUGGUCAAUUUCACACUGAAAUAUGACUAAGUCCCAUCAUUGAACAGGACUUAGUAUCUGCGGCUGCAAACUCAGUGGAGGAGAAGGUAAGGGUCAGGUGUUUUGGCUACAUGUGUAGCCGAUUUCAGUUCCAUGGAUUUGGCUACACACACCGCUGACCGCAUUCGGUAGAAUAAAGAUGGCCGCCGCCACGUGUUCAUUUGUACGAACGGCGGCCACCCAGUUGUCGGCAAUUUACGUACAACAGGCUCCCAGCCUGGGAGGUAAAUUGCCUGCAUGCUUCCACUUCUGGGUGGUCCGUCUGUGUAAUACUUUGUUUAGUACGCUCCAUUUACUGAACCAAGUGGGAGAAAGCCAGGAACACCGUAUAUUAAAGGUUUGUGGACACUGGGGACACCGUCUUAAAGGGGCAUUGUCCCCAGCAAGUCUGGGGACACUGGGUACACAGUCUUAAAGGGGCAUUGUUCCAAUUUCCACCAUGUCCCAAAAAUGUACUUAAAGGGCCAGCACCAGUCCAAUGAAAGUCCAUAGGCCCCAAUAAUGUUUUUAAAGGGCCAUACACUCCCGGGCCAUAGUCGCAGAGCAGGAGGCUGGCAAGCAAGCCUCUCCAGGACCAAGUGAUGAAGGGCACUUUGUCAUACUAAUCUUAAAGCAGACCUGUCAUUUGACAUUUGUACAAACCUUGGUAGCUGUAGCUAACUAAAUGGUACCUAUUGGUUGUUUGUUUAACCGUAAAAAAAUUUAAAAUUCUUAUUUACAAUGUAAGUUCGAAUAUCCUGGCUGGUAUAUUUCGAGCAUGCAGUGCUGUACAUGCGUGUUUUUUCGCACGUGUAUGGCACUAUGAAAGAAAUACCUAACAAUAAAUCUGCUGGGAUGACCGUUCUUAGUAGAUGACCAAGCAUUGUGUGAUUGUGCCUGGAGCUUCUAGAUAUGAUGUCAUCCUGGACAGGGAUGUGCUGUGGAUCUAAGUACGUGCCUUGUAGAAGGAGUGUACAGAAGAAAGAUUAACAAUUGUCUACAGACAAAGGGUUAAGGAGAGUACAAUUCCCUGCCCAUGGUUUAUUGUCUAACAAGAUGGCCUUUGAGCUUUCUAAUCUGAAGGAGGUAAUGGGAUUUAUCAUGAGACAAAUGCUGCCAAGGGAUAACUUCUAAUUUAGUGGCUAGAGAAGUUGAGAGUCAUCAUAGCAAGCCAAUUACCAAUGAGAACAAUUAAUGAAACUUACAAAUGACUUAGCAUUAAUCAAGGUUUCAGAGAAAAUGAGAAGCCUAGUCUAAUUAAAAUUAAGCAAGGUUGUGUAGAUUAGUGAUUGUAUUCAUUUUUACUGCAAAAAAUGAAUACAAGACAAGGCUACGCUCCUCAUACAAACACCACUACUCAUAUCAUACACCUGAUAAACACUUGUCCUCUCUCCCAACACCUACUGUGUGUGCCGACAUGAAUGUGGAGCGAACAUUGGUAAUUUGGCUUGAAAGAGAACAACAUGUAGGCACAAACUGUUUCCAGCUGGCCAGCCUUCUCCGACCCAUUAAAUAAGGGCUCUUUUGCAGCUCUGAAGCGAGCCAGACAAUCAAUAAUCUGUAACAUAUCUCUGGAACUUGAACAUACCUUUCUCUUCUGUCCUGGUCAAACUGGCAUGACUGGAGCCUGCAUACAUGUUCUAAUGGCCCACAUGCUAUUGGUUUGAAACACUGAUUUAAAAGGUUUUGUUUUGGUUUUUUUAAGCAAAAUCACAGUAGGCAGAGUCUAAACUUUUUUUUUUUUUUUUUGGGAAGAGUUGGAAUGGAAUGGGGAGAGGCAACAAGAAUUCAAAUUGUAAGGGUUAUGUAUUAGGCUAACCAAAUAGAAAUGGAUUUUUGCCAAGACAGAUUUAAUGUGUGCAAAAUUAUUUCCACACCCCUGAAAUUAAUGAAACAACUUUGGUGCUUUUGAGUGUAUGCAACAGUGGAAGAAAUGUUUGAGCAGACAAGCACUCAUGCAUAUUUUGGCUAUUCAAUAAUCAUGCAUGAGUGUCCCUGGAGCAUCACUGGGUGAAAAUGCUGUCCUCGACAUGCAGAAAUUGUGGAGAUAAGUGCAUCUAAUUUUUACCACCACUGCAUAUCACCCCAAUAUAUUCAAGUUCUGCCUGAAAUUAAAAAAUGUUUGCCCAGUACCCGUGUUUUACAUUGUGCUUUGCAAAUCUGUUCACCGGUAGGAGUCUUUUUUUUUUGGUAGGGGUGUUAUAUGAAUUUAAUGUAAUAAUUCCAUAAAUGCCAAAAUGUGGGCAAUUUCUUUCCUAGAAUGUCUAGAUUGUCUAUCAUUUUUUUGAACAUUUGUUUAUUCCUCCCCCUGUUUUUUUUGUUUUGUUUUUCUGUUCUUGUAUUGUCUUUAAAAAAACCAAUACACCUACCUUCGGGUUGUAUACACCUACCUUUUCUGUACCCAGAUGUAUUCUUUAUAUGGAAACUCAAUUUAAAAAAAAAAAAAAGUGAUACCAGGUUCCAUCUCAUACCUUGUUUUGUUUUUUCCUUCUUCCUCUUCUUCUAGUGGGAUCUGGUUUGUGAAAAUGACUGGAAAGGGCCGUUAACUACCUCGAUAUUUUUUGUGGGAGUUCUCAUUGGUUCCUUUGUUUCAGGACAGAUCUCAGACAGGUAGUUUGUAUAUAUCAUAAUUAACAUGCAAGGAUUCCAUGAACAAUUACUAAUUAAUUUUAUAUUUUUUGUGUAGUUGUCUGUUCUAUAAAAUGAUUGAGAUCUGUUUAUCUCAAUCAUUCUGGGCUUGCUGCUGAUUUUAAAAUGGGAGUGGCAUUAUUAAUAUUGUAUUUUGCUGCUAACUACCUCAAUCUAAAAGUAAUACAAGGAUGAAACUAGACAUUGUAUCUUGGUAACUCUUGUUUGCUGGAAUGUGUGGACAUAAUGAGAAAGUUUAUAUCCGCUACAUCGUGUAAUAACCAGAAAUCUUUAAAGGGACGCUAAAACUUGGGUUACAGUGCCAGAGGUUGCCGCAGAUGAAAUGGCACACCAGAUCAGUGGGCAGUGAUUGGCUGAGUGUGUGUCAGCCAAUCAUUCGUCCAACUCCUGGAAUGAAUUGGUAUGCCACAAAGCAGAGCAUACCUCCACCUUUGCCAUAUCGUAAUUGGGUUCUGGGCUGCAGGAUACCAGGUACCAAGCAGCAUCACCGCUAAAAGGUGAGUAAACUGCUAAAAACUGAUGUUUUACCCAGCACGCAUGAACCUCAGGCACCAUAAACUCUUCAAUCAGUUAAAAUUGUUAUGGUGCUAUUGUUAUUUUAAUUACAGUUGCCUUGAUUCUGUUAGUUGGGAAAUAUACUAGUGAAAUUUAUGCUUUACUUUAAUGACGUCCUCCAGUUUAGGGACAAAAGGAAGAAUAUAUUUCAAGUGGCCGCCCCUUCCAUGGGAUAAUGGGUUUUACCCUGGACUGCACUAGUAGUUCAAACAUUGUAUCCAUCUGGACUUCCAGACCAUCCCAUCUGUAUGGCAAGCAGAGCAGCAAACAUAUGUAAUAGAAUAUGACUGUGCAGGACUGUCACUUGCCACUGGUGCUUUUGUGGCAACUAUUUAUGCAGGAACAUUCCAUUGUGUUUGUGCUACACUUAAAACUUUGCUCCGGACGCAAUACCCUGUCUGUUAAAACCUUGGGUUAUGGUAUCCAUAUCCAUGAUCUCUAUAAUGUUUGAUCAGACCCCUGCGCCCAUCAACCUACGCCAGAAGUCUUAAUGUCCUUGCAGUGUUGUAUUGUACAACAGAUAUUUGGAACUGAUUUAUAAUUAUGAGAAUGAUUGCUUCUUUCUGGUUUUAGAAAUAAAUUGGCAGUGUACAAUGUAUUAAUUACUUUUAUGCUGAGUAUACUUCAUCAUUUCCAAUAACACACAGUCAGAUGGGCUACGGUUGUGGCAUAUGUUAUGGGGCUCAAUGGAAUGCGCCACUAAGUAAGUAAUUGAUAAUUAAAUAACUCCCUAAAUCUUUUAGAUUUCAGCUAAGAUAAAACUAAUUUAUUUAUACAUAUAUAAAACCACUUCAGUUUAAAGAUCUGAAAAUAUUAACUCCGUUAAUAGUUUCUAUAAUACUCACCAAUUAUUUCGUCCCAUGUAAAUACCAAAAUGAGACAUUUUAAAUGAUUAUUAAAAAAGGCAUGUGGAGUUGUCUCAGGUAAUUACAACUUUUUACUUUCCUAUGUGAUCCACUCUACUUUUUGUGAGCACUGCACCUAAACCAGUGCCCAGGCAGCUUGUUAAAUCUACAUUCUCCUACCUUUAGUGUUUUUGCAGCCCCAACCUGCCAAUUAAAAACUAUGGCCCAGCAACCAGUUUUACCCUCUCCCUGAUGCUGGUCUGCAACUCUGCAUCAAUUGCCUGUGGCAUGUCAUAACAGUUGGCAUUUGGGAACUUGCUAUUUUUUAUUUUUAUUUAUUUACUUCUUUUUAAUGGAGGAUUUGUAUAUUUUCUUGAUAAUGGCUAUUUACUGGCUAGUCGAAACAAAAAGGUUUAUGGUCAAAUGUCAAUACCUCAUUUGCACAUUUUAAACUACAACUAUAACCAGAAGCCUGCGUUGACUCAUUCUUGUAUAAUACAGGAUUCAAAACACAUCUAUGUAAAUUAGAAUCAGGAUUACUGAUUUAGUGCAGUGAAACCUUCAUUAUAAUUAAAGGACCACUCUAGGCACCCAGACCACUUCAUCUUAAUGAAGUGGUCUGGGUGCCAAGUUCCUCUAGGAUUAACUCUUUUUUUUAAUAAACAUAGUAGUUUAGGGUUAAUCCAGCCUCCAAAUCCUCUAGUGGCUGUCUCAUUGACAGCCGCUAGAGGCGCUUGCGUGAUUCUCAUCGUGAAAAUCACAGUGAGAACAUGCAAGCGUCCAUAGGAAAACAUUAUGAAUGCUUUCCUAUGAGACUGGCUGAAUGCGAGCGCAGCUCUUGCCGCGCGUGCGCAUUCAGCCGAAAGGGCGGAGAGGAGGAGGAGAGCUCCCCGCCCGGCGCUGGAAUAAAGGUGAGUUUUUAACCCUUUCCUCUCCCCAAAGCCGGGCGGGCGUGGGACCCUGAGGGUGGGGGCAGACUUAAACAUACACCUGGCGAAGCCCAGAAUGAGCGGUAAUGUGAUAUAAUCUGCUAAAUCUUACAUCUACAUUUAAAAUAAAAUUUAGCAUCACACGAAACAUACAUUAAUUCUUGGGAUGAGAAUAUAAUUUUGCCUCAUUCUAAAUCGCUGGUAAGACCACAUCUUGAAUAUGCUGUGCAAUUUUGGGCACCUGUUCUGAAGAAGGAUAUUAUGGCACUAGAAAGAGAGCAGAGAAGGGCUACAAAAAUAAUAAACGUAAUGGAACAUUUUAGCUAUGAAGAGAGGUUAACAAAUUUAAACCUCUUUAGUUUAGAAAAACGUCGCCUCAGUGGGGAUAUGAUAACAUUAUACAAAUAUAUUAGUGGCCAAUACAAACCAUUAUGUGGAAAUCUAUUCAUAAACAGGACUUCUUUACACAGGACACAAGAUCAUACAUUUAGACUGGAAGAAAUAUUUAAUCUAAGGCAAAGGAAAAGGUUCUUUACCGUAAGAACAAUAAGGAUGUGGAAUUCUGUGCCUGAAGAAGUGGUUUUAUCAGAGUCCGUACAGAUGUUUAAACAGCAACUAGAUGCAUACUUGCAAAAACAGAAUAUUCAAGGAUAUAAUUUUUCAAUGUAGGGUAAAUGCUUCUUGAUCCAGGGAGAAAUCUGACCGCAAAUCUGGAGUCAAGAGGGAAUUUUUUUCCUUGUUUGUUGCAAAAUUGGAAGGGCUUCAACCGUAUUUUUUUAUUUUUUUUUGCCUUCUUUUAGAUCAACCGCAAAAUACAAAUAUAAGGAAGGCUGAACUUGAUGGACACGUGUGUUUUUUUUUUUUGGUUUUUUUUUUCAAACUAUGUAACUAUGUAACUUUUUGUUUUAUUGAGUGGUGUGAUUACAAAAAAUUUUAUGGAUCCUCCUUUUUAAGGAACUUUAUAGACCCAUAAAUCACUUCAGCUAGCUGAAGUGCUUUGUUUCUAGGUUCUGUAAAUAUAUAUUAUAUUUUUAUAUAUGUAUAAACUAAGAUGCUUGCAGAGUAUUUGCCCGGUGCUGGUCAGGCACAAGAUACAUGAAAUGACAGCACUCCAAGGACUUGAUGAUAGUAAAAAUAAAAUAACUUUUAUUCUAUAUCUUUAAAAAAUAUCGACUUUUCAGCCCCAAUACAUGGGCUUUCAUCAGGAUGGCAAUAAAAUACACAAAUACAUAUAAUAUACUUAUAUAGAAAAACAUAAAAGGAUACUAACCAGCUUCAUGUGUGAGAGAACCGAAAUGGCGUUCAGACUGCACGUGGAACGGUCAAAGUGCCUCAACCGUAGUUGCUAGGCACUGCAUUCCAUUUGGUUGCUAGGUGAUCAGUUAAACGCAAUUUCACCCACCAUUGCUAUGCUGUUUGAUUUGGUAAACACGAUCGUGAAAUCUUUCCCUCUGACUGCUACUUUCUUGCACUGUGCCUGGAAUGCAACUGAUACAAAGUAUCAGUAAGUACCAUACAUCCAUGUGCUGCUGCACUAACAGGAUAGAGCCCUUGACAGGACUUAAGUCUGAUAUAUAUAAGUCUGAUAUAUAUAUAUAUAUAUAUAUAUAUAUAUAUAUAUAUAUAUAUAUAUAUAUAUAUAUAUAUAUAUAUAUAUAUAUAUAUAUAUAUAUAUAUAUGUAUGUAUGUAUGUAGAAAGGCUAUUAGGCCUGAAUUUGUGGGAGGAGUAAGUCCCCUACUUAAGCUCCCAGCCCCUACUCACCGCUGCCGCUCAGCUGAUUGUCCUUAGCAACCAGCACUUCCGGUCCAGCUUCCCGCCAGAACUGUACCUGUUUCCAGCAGCCAGUCGCCCUGUGCAAUCCUCCGUCCGUCCGAGGUCCUUCCACUCCGUUUCCCUCCGGUCGAGGUACCCGACUUCCGGUCACGAGACCGGCGCGUUCACGUAAGCAAGGCGUGGGAAUUAGCGUUCGCUAUUUCCCCGCCGUUCGGGCCUAAAAACGUAGGGGUAGGCUCCCUCUUUCGCAUUUUCAUGAAUACACGCUUUUCGUUAAUAUCUCCAUUCGCGCCAAAAAACGCACGAACGUUCGGCUCAUUUCACUAUCAUUUAAUGCAUUUUCGUACGGAAACAACCGAAUGAAUAUUUCAUGUUUAUGCUCAUUAUUAUCUGUAUUCACUUUUUCCGUUCGGUUAUUUCAGCACUAACCUAUUCGUAUGGUUAAAUUCACAAACACCAUCUUACUAAUUUACAUUCGGUUAUUUCUAUUCUUUUAAACUAAGCAUGCAUAAGUUCUAAUCACAGUCCUACUAUUAUUUAUUCCUUCAUAUCAGUUUGCGGUUACAUUAUAUGGUUAACUACCAGCCCUGUGUUUUCCUACCUUGUUAAACCAUUUAAGUAUUUUUCUGUAAUAAACAUAAUGUUCACCACGGUUCUUAACUUCAUACGUAUCUAAAUUCAAGCUAUACCAUUCUUUCCAAAUAACACUCAGAUAAGUCAUUUAAACACUAUUUACAAGUUAUACCCUUUACACAUAAUCCGUACUAUUCCUUGCACAUAAAUCACGCUGUCACAUUUUUGGCUUUUACAGAUUGCAUCGGUCUCUUGCUUUUCUGCAUUAAAGUUGUUAUUUCAAGGUCCUUUUAUUACAGGAACAGGUAUGGUUUAUUAUCACCUUGAUUUAUCAGGUUUUAUCAAUUAUCUUCACAUCUAUUGCUAAAUAGGAAAUUUGUCUUGGUUAAACCCUUAGAUCCUGUACUAAUCUAAGCUUCCACCGUUUCUACGCAGUUAACCUGCCACGAUUAAACAAUCUCUGUACUUUAAACAAAGGUAUAGUUCACUCUCUUUUCAAUACUAGACCUCACGCGGUCUCAACUCCAUUACUACCUUCCCUCAGGCUUACGCCCAGGAUACGUUAUCUCUUUACUACUUGUCUACACAGACUUUCGGUCAUACGGCCAUCAGGCUUAGAAGACACCAAAAACCUGACCCGGUACUCAGCCAUACCUUCAGGUACUUACAUCCUUACUCAAGUACGUUCAUUCGCUACCCCAAGGCCUCAUUCUGCCUUCUCACUCAUAUCCAAAAUCAUCCCAUUCCUACACCUAAACCUCCCAGAUCCCUCAAUGCAGGAUCUCACGUGGUGCCCCUAACAAACCUUCUCCCUAUACUAUUCAUACGACAUCACGAUACGUAUAAACACAUCAACAUCUGUCUUAAACCCCCAGGAUUCUUCCUCAAAGACAACAUUUAAGACAAGACUCUCUACACUUACCAGGAGGCUCCAGAUACCAUUUGCGACCAGUCAAGGUUAGUAUCCACACACCACUCCAGUCCUCUAACUUUACCCUUUAGCAUACUAUCGAACUGGCUAUACGGCACAGGCUAAUGCCUUAGCCCACCCUAUCAGGAAAUCUGAUCCCGCGAGGCCUACCACCCCACCCCACCUCAACACGGAGGUACGGCCCCACGCCCAAAUCAUAGUUAUAAGCCUCGCAUGCCUUACUACAGGGCUCUAGUUAGGGCCUCACCUGUCACGGCCACACGUUUUGAUUUCUCUUAUCGUCACCGAGAGGCCAACAUCCCGCCACCACGUCUGUGGCACCUACGUCAUAAGCCAAAUCAUAGGUAGAGCCUCUCAUCGCCACUUGGCAUUAGCAGGGCCUCACCUAUCCAGUCAUUCAAUAGUUAAGUUUUUCGCCUCGGCAUCUAGCAUUAAAGUCCAGUUCUUCAAGACACACCACUCCCCAUACCCCCCCCUUCUUACCUCACUCCCCUUCUAAUAUAUCUUUCACAUAAUCAUUCCUUUUUAGAAUGUCCCAAGAACCAAUUCCAACCGAAGAACUGACAGAAGAAACACCAUUCACGCCAAUCAGACCCGUGUCUCCAGGCGAAUCACUCACUCUUUCAACCCCCACGUCCUUGAGAGCAUGGACUAUUCCCAAAAUCACAGCCGAGCUUAGGCUCAGGGGAAUCCCCUUUCCGGCCACAGCUAGAAAGGCAGAACUUUACAGGCUGCUUACCCACCAAGUCCCCGAGCCUCGGCCGGGAACUAGCUCUCAAGGACAACCACCAAGUAACAGCACGGCCACCCAGGAUACCCUGGCAGAUAUCUUGGCCAAUCUACAGGCCCUCAAUAGCAGGCUGUCUAAGGUGGAGAGCGCCAUCUCCUCCUCAGGUACUAACACCGUAGUCCCAGUCUCUACCACGGCUGUACCUGCCAUACCUUCAUGUCCCUCUAUACUCCCCCCUCCAGCACCUGGCACAGCCAUCACACCUUUCGAGUCACCAGCACACUCCGUCCCAGAUUCUAUCAGGAAAGAUAUCCUUGACGGGAAGGAUGUGUGUCUGGUGUCUUUACUCAUAGCCUCUCAGGAUGUACUCGAGAACAAGGCAUACAAUUAUGGUGACAUUUCUGUUGUGCUUAAAACGAGGGAUCCCAGGCUUAAUAAAAAAUUGUCUAUCCCACAGUUUGUGAUAGCUUUUGGGAUAUACCGCGACGUCAUUUGCACGGUGUAUCCCCAUAGGAGAGAAGAGCUAGAUCUCUAUCUCCACAAGGUAGUGGAUCUAGGCAUCAAGUACGGGGGCUCUUCCUUCUAUGACUACCACAAGUCAGUCUCAGCGAAGGCGGCGACCCAUCUCAAGCAGUUCAACAUUAGAAUGAACUGGGGUCAGAUGGACACUGAACUUUUCUGUCGCCACUUCGCUGGACUCAGGCCCCCGGCUUGUGCCAUCUGUAAUUCUACAUCCCACAUGGCGGACUUAUGUCCCGUCGAACCAGAUCCCACCACCUCCACUCACACCUCACUCCUCUUUCACCCCUCACAACAAGCCAGCGGGUGGUCUCCGGGAUAAGCUGGGUAGGCCCAUCUCCUUUUUAGGUAAAGCACAGGUGUGCAAUAAUUUCAACGCAGGCUCCUGCAGUUUCAGCGCCUGUAGAUUAUUGCACAUCUGCUCCAUAUGUUUCAGGGCACAUACCAAGACCAUGUGUCCAGCCAGGUUGUCACCAAACAAAUGACUAACCGACAUAAAUAUCGACAACCUGGUUUUUUAUCUAAGGUCUCACCCCAGCAGGCACUUAGUGGAUUUUCUCACCACAGGUUUCUCACAAGGGUUUCACACAGGCAUAAUAGCCAUUCCCCCAGGUACACUAGAAUGUCCUAAUCUCCAGUCUGCACGUUUAGACCCAGUCGCUGUAGACACUCUCAUUUCCGCAGAAACCACAAACGGUUUCAUGAUCGGUCCUUUCACCUCUUCACCGUUUUCCUCCUGGCGCACUAACCCUAUUGGUAUUGCUAUUCACAAAUAUUCUAAUAAAAAACGUCUCAUUAUCGAUUUAUCGGCACCGCACUCCUCUUUUGUUCCAAGCAUAAACGCACUCAUUCCAGCAGACGAAUUCUCUCUGCAGUACGUCACCAUCGACGACGCCAUACAGUCCAUCAUGACAUCUGGUAAUCGACCCUGGCUCAGCAAAACAGACAUCACUAACGCCUUUAAAUUACUGCCCAUACACCCCUCACUCUGGCACUUACACGGUGUUAAAUGGCGAGGGUAUUAUUACUUCUCAACACGACUCACUUUUGGUUCUCGAAGCAGCCCCAAACUUUUCGACAUUUUCGCAGAGUCACUAUGCUGGCUGCUUCUGAACGUCAUCAGGUGUCACUCCGUUAUUCACUAUCUAGAUGACUUUCUACUGAUAGAGCCAGGGUCAUCAACACCCACAGCAAUCAAUAGUACUACCGCACUUUUUUCCACACUUGGAGUCCCUUUGUCCCCAGCCAAAACUAUAGGACCCACAACAAAGUUGACCUUUUUAGGCAUAGAGCUCGAUUCUGUCAAACUCAGAGCUAGCCUUCCACACGACAAACUUUCACGAUUGAGAGGGGAGAUAGACACGUUCCUGCGGAGUGACGUUUGCACCAGAAGAGAACUUCAGUCCCUUCUUGGAUCUCUGAACUUCGCCAUGCGCAUCAUUCCGCAGGGAAGGUCUUUUAUUUCCAGACUUCUUUGCCUGCUCCAUGGAGUCCCGGACUCCGGCACAGUUUCUUUGGACCCCCACGCCAAGGCUGACUUAGCUAUGUGGGGGAAGUUUUUGAAAGACUGGAAUGGUAUCUCCAUGUUUAUCCCCCCUCUCUCCACCUCUUCACCCAUCAUCCACACAGACGCAGCAGCCAACACCGGUUUCGCAGCCAUUUUCGGGAACCACUGGUUUAGGGGCCACUGGCCCACUGAGACGGAUGCCUUGCCAGGAUUCAGGGAGACCUCAACCCUAUUUGAAAUUUACCCCAUUGUGGCGGCCGCACACACCUGGGGUCAUCUCUGGUCCGGCAAGGCAGUAAAAUGCUACUCAGAUAACUCGGCAGCUUGCGAUAUCAUUAACAAAGGGCGCUCAUCAUCCCUGACCAUCAUGCGGCUGAUUCGCAAGUUGACCUGGCUGGCAGCAUCCAAUCAGUUUCACUUAGUAUGUUCUCACAUCCCGGGUAUUCACAACACCGCCGCUGACGCUCUUUCUCGUUCUCGAUUCCAGGCAUUUUCUCAGGCACUCCCAGCAGCUCACCAACAGCCAUCCAGGACACCACGGUUUCACGAACUAAUAUUGGAUUAAGCACACUCUUGCUUCACGCUAGAUCACUCACUCACCAAGCAUGAUCACCCAACACUGCUAUCACUUACAAUAGGGCACUUAACAUAUUUAACAAAUUCACUGCAGAAUUCGGGCUACAAGGUGACUUUUCUAUCCAAACCAUGGUGUCUUUUGCCUCUUUCUGCCACCUACACCUUAAUCUGUCACACAACACCAUUAAACUUUACCUCACCGGGGUUCAGCACCACAGCCUCACCAAUUUUCCUAACAGCACCCCCUUUUUGUCUUCAUACCCCAUAAAAAAGGUCUUGAAAGGUAUAUCAAAGGUUUCACCACCACUCGCAAGCACUAGAUUACCCAUAGACGGGCCUAUCUUCAGGUCACUUAGCAAUCUCCUUGACACAGCCCCAUUUGAUAGCCACACCAAUACAGUGAUAAAAUCUGCCAUAUAUCUCGCUUUCUACGGUUUUCUCAGACCUAGAGAAUUCACAGUGAUUUGUCAAGGAGAUAUCGCACGAUGCCUUAAAACUUCACACCUCACCAAGGUAGAGGAUCACUACCUCCUUUCUAUCCCUACCACUAAAACCAACCGGUCAAUACAUCCUACAAUAAUUCCUCUCUUCCCUACUGAUAAUGCCUGGUGUCCGGUGAAAGUUCUCGACCAACUACGGUCAACUCUUCACACUCACCUGCCAGACUCUCCGCUUUUAACAUUACAAGGGCACCCGCUUACCACGGCAAAAUUGAUGUCUCAUGUCACAACUCUGUUAUCUAAGCUCGGACACAACCCGGCUGCAUUCUCCGGGCACUCCUUCCGCAUAGGAGCCGCCUCAGCAGCCUCAAGCACAAACGCACCGGUCCACAUCAUCAAAAGGCUCGGGCGAUGGAAAUCCUCCAUAUAUAACGCAUAUAUUCCGCAACCAGAGAAAGAGCUUCGCCAAGCUUUCAGAAACUUGGUCUUGUAAAAUGCAAUAAAGUGUGUAUUUUCUCGAAUUUAUCUUUUUGCCCUCUUUUAUUUACAGGCCCACUCGUACGUUGGUUUCGGCACACCACAACCAACUUUGCUCACAGUUACUAUCCAUCACGUAUUUAAAUUCCGAGCACAAAUAUAUAUAUAUAUAUAUAUAUAUAUAUAUAUAAUCGCCAACAAAUUCCGCAUAUACAUUUAAUUCUAUAAAAAUGCGUAUUUCAAUAUAAAUUGGCACUUUUGUAACUUGCUACUGAAUGCCUCCUCGGUUGUCAUUCAGACAGCCGGUGAGCUUGCGUUUGUUCAUUUAGCUCUAUGGAGUUAAUGGAUGUGGCAAAUGCACUGGGCUAAAGUGGACCUUUGACCGGUUCAAUUUUACUACAUAUGGCCCCUUAAACAGUAAAUAUACUAUUUAUUAUAGACAAAAACAAUUUUAAUUACUGUCUCAUCAAGCUGCCACUUGCAUUCUAUUCAGGCCCCGACGGUGCUUCCAUUUUGCAUGGUCUAUAAUUGUUACAAUCCACAAGUGUAAAAACCUGAACAUUUAUAUGGUAGCUGUUUAGGUCCAAUAAUACCAUCAUGAGUUCGUUGAUGCCUUCUCAAUAAAACCAGCACAUAGAGUAAGAUAAUGUUUCCACUGCGUAAGGUUCUUCUGCUCUCUCAUUUCACUUAUUUGUAGGAGUGACAUUUUAUGCCAAUAGUUGACAGGUGACCGGAGGGGCCAUAUGAUAACGUUUUAGGAUAAAUAUAUACACUUUCCAGCAGUUUUGUUAGCUCAUUGCACACUUGAUUGGCACCAAUAAUAGAGCCAUGGCUACCUGGGAUUUUGUGCAAAUAAAGGAGUAGGUUGUAAUGAACCGUGCCAUUCAUCAGAGAGAUUUAAGAACUUUUGCAAGGAGGUGUCUUCUUUGGAUGUGUCAGGCAUUUAUGUAGACUUAAUUUAGAAAAGAAUGAAUGGCUGCUGAUUGGGAAGGUCUCUUCCAGGUCUAGGACGUGUAGCAGGAACCUUGGAGGGACACUCAAAGCAUAAUCCAUCCCCGGAGCUUUUCUCCUGUCGUUGCCCUCCAUAUGAUACUGUAGUACACCAGAGGGAAUGGGCUGCUGGGACACUUGUUUAGUAUUACACUUAAGCAGUUUUUAACACUGAAUGGAAGGACUACACUAGGGGACUCCUGACACUAAAACCAGUUAAGUGAGCUGAAACGGAUCCAGUGUCCCCCUAAGAAUGUGCUUCUGCUUUUAUUGCUGUCAUUCAUAUAACCGAUAUUCUAGUGGAACAAUGGUGCAGUGCACUGACCUGUACUAAUUCCCAUGUCUUUAUAUACCUCACACAGUAGACUUGGGCAUUCGUGUUUAGAUGAAUUUCGGCUAUAUGUCGAUUCGUCAAAAAAACAAAUGAACGAAUACAAAUUACAACAAAUGAAACAAACAAAUUGCUUUUUCGAUUUAAAAUUUCAUUUGUGCAAUUUGUUUUAUAUUACUGGCUUUAUAUUUGUUUGUUUUAUAUUACUGGCUCAUGGCUCCCUCCUUGUUGUAUAUAAAAAUAGAAGCACAGCUUCUACUCCACUUCCUAAAUCCUCCAUGACUCCACCAUUGUCCUAUGGGGUCAAUAUGACCUAUUGGUAUUAGGGAGGUUAAAUACUCUUCUGCCGCUACCCACCAUGUUGUGAGUAGAGGCAUAUCUACUAAGCCGUGAGGGGCUGCUCGCUUUUAUAUUAAAACAAAAAAAGGCAAUCGCCAUUGCUGCCCAGUCACUAAACCAAUAAAGGAGAGAUCAUGUCCCCCAUGGUAGGGCACGUAAUAAAACAAUUACUUGGUCGUAGUGUGUGUCUUCCCACCUCCCUCCCCCGUGAAUGUGGGCCUUUAAACUAAACAGGGAACAUCCUGUGCUCCCCUCAAGCCCCACUCAUUUGUGUCAGUUGGGGACCCUAAAUAAUAAGGGAGUAGACCUAUUGUACCACCUCUCUAGCCCCAUCCACUGAUGGCGGGUGGGGGCCUUAAAUAAUAAUGGAUAACUCCAAAACGGGAAAUAAGAACCACACCUACUAACCACACAAGGGUGCAAGGAAUCCAAUCCUCCCAAACCAGUGUAUAUUCAGGAAAAUAUUUAAAAAAAAAUUGUAUUAACCUCUUGUCCCCCACCCAUUGGCUGCAGGUGGGAGCUAAUAAUAAAACACCCCAAGGCCCUUCCCCACCCCCUAAUAAUAGCUGGGGGGCCAGACUGUAAGCUUGUUUGAGCAGGGCACCCAACACACUGGGCAAAAAGACAAGUUGUACACACAGGAACAAAUACUUCUCUGUUCGAUCACCUAUUGUACAAUGCAGUGGGAUUUGUUGGUGCUUUAUAAAUUAUAAUAAACUAAAUACUUGUAAAAAUAUAAAAUGAAUACUUUCCAUUAGAUUUAAAUGUUUUAAUUUUUUUUUUUAGCCCCAAAAAAGGCUAGUGGCGGCAAACUAUUAACAUUUAAAAAAGAUUACAAAACCAUAAUCCACCUUGAAUUGGUGAGGGCUCCGCGCAGACUAAGCUUGCAGGGCAGUACAAAGUCUUAUAAUGCUUUUCCAGUCCAUGUAGUUUGACUCUGUAUAGUGCACUCUGGUUAUCUUUAGGUAAAUUUGGAGAUACGUGUUUAUUAAAUAGCUACCACACAGGGCUGAAGGGGGACACUAGGUUUCCCCCCCUUUUUAGUUUAAUAGCCCCACUCGCAGUAAACUGUUGGGGGGGGCAUGGGGGAUACACUAUACCCCCCAGUUAAUUGUUUUAUGAAUGAAAUUCCUAAAUGAAUGAAAACAAAUAUAAUGUGCAAAAAAGAAUGAACUAACAAUGUUUUUUAAAACCAAAUGUAUUUGGACGAAAUGAAAAUUACAGCGGCACCCAAGUCUUAUAGACAGACAGUGUGUCCAAUGACUUAUGGGAGAUAAUUACAUAACCCUGAAACCAACAUAAUGUUUUGCACAUUGAAGCUAAAGCUGCAAAACAGCCCUUAGCUUAAUAGUUAUAUGGUGCCAGAAUUUACAGCUUGCAAUUCAAGAGUUUGAAGGCAGCAAGGAAAGUGGUUUUGGAACUGGCUAAGGUUAUCUACACUUUUUUGCUUCUUAAUGGGUAACUGCCAUUUCCAUGGAUAUUAUUCCAUUCAAUAAACCAUAAAAAUCACUGAUAACGUUUAUCCUUUUUAUACUGUUUUCAUUUAAAUUUCUGUUAAAGACUUGAUUAACGGUAUCACAAACCAGUUCAGUCAAGGGAUAGUCAGGGCACACGUUGCAAAUGAAGGAGGGAAAUAGAAACUUGUUUAACUUCUCCUUUUCUGCCUGUGCUUUCUCUAUGUUGACUGCAAGGUACAAAGACAAAUCUUAGAACAUACACUGGUCAGCCACAACAUUAAAACCACUUGCCUAGUAUCAUGUAACUCCCCUCAUGCUGCCACAACAGCUCUCAUGUGUCGCGGCAUGAACCCCACAACACUUCUGAACAUGUCUUGUGGGGUCUGGCACCAAGGCAUUGACAGCAGAUCCUUUUAAGUCAUGCAUGGAUCGGAUUUGUUGUUCCAACACAUUCCACAGAUGCUUAAUCUAAUUGAGAUCUGGGAAAUUUGGUUGCCAAGGCAACACCUUGAACUCUGUCAUGUUCCUCAAACCACUUCUGAACAAUUCUAGCAGUGUGACCGGGUGCAUUAUUCUGAUGAAAGACUCCACUACUAUCAGGGAACACCAUUGCCAUGAAGGUAUGUACAUGGUCUCGAACAAUCUCUAGGUAAGUUUGUGUCAGUAACAUCCACGUUAAUCCUAGAAUCCAAGGUUUCCCAGCAGUACAUUGCCCAGAGCAUAUCACUGCCUCCGCUGGUCUUCGUUUUCUCAUAGUACAUCCUGAUGCCAUCUCUUCAUCAGGUAAAUGAGGCACACAAACUCGUCCAUCCACCUGUUUUACAAGAAAACGUAAUUCAUCAGACAAGGCAACCUUAUUCAUUUGCUCCAUAAUCCAGUUCUGACAAUCAUAUCCUCAUUGAAGGAACUUUUGACGGUGGACAAGGGUCGUCAUGCUAUGUAACAGACUGAAAUACACUGUGUGUUCUGACACCUUUCUAUCAUGGCCAGCAUUAUGUUGUUUUCAGCAGUUUGAACUACAGUAGCUCUUCUGUUUGAUCGGACUAGUUUUUGCUCCUCACAUGCAUCAAUGAGUCUUGGGUGCCCAUGACCCUGACACCAGUUCACAGGUUGUCCUUCCUUGCACCACUUUUGGUCAUUACUAGCACUGCUUAUCAGGAACACCAUAUAACACUUGUCAUUGUGGAUAUCCCAUUCCUCUAGCCAUCACUAUUUGGCACUUGUCUGAUCACUCAGAUCUUUUCACUUGCCCAUUUUUCCUGAUUUCAUUGCAUGAAAUUCAAGAAUUGAAGGUUCACUUGCUGCCUACUAUAUCCCACCCCUUGACAGGUGUCAUUGUAAUGAUCUAAACCAUGGAAAAAACAGUGAACAAUUAUUCACUUUACCUGUCAGUUGUUUUAAUGUUGCGUCUGAUCGGUGUAGAUUGACAGGGAGCUAAGAUGGAGAUGGUCAAUUACAUAAUAUAUUUGCAUUUUUCUUCUGCAAACCCCACAAAUACUUUUCAAAUGUAUGAAAUAGGUUUUCUGAUGUCAUGGGAGAACUCCUUUAACCCCUUAAGGACCAAACUUCUGGAAUAAAAGGGAAUCAUGACAUGUCACACAUGUCAUGUGUCCUUAAGGGGUUAAUUGGAUGUGUGAAAUCGCCACUGCAACUUUAUAAUCUAGAUCAGGGGUUCCCAAUUAAUAUUUCCCGUGAAACCCUUUGACAGAGUGUAUCAACAUCGUGGUGCAGACCUUGAGACACACAUACACUGACACAGAUACACACACCUUGACACAGUGUGUAUGUAUCUGUGUGUAACUAUGUUUCAAAAUGUGUAUCUGUGUGUGUGUGUGUGUGUGUGUGUGUGUGUAUAUAUGUAUCUGACACACACAGAUGCACACUAACACACACAUCUUGAUUCACAAAUACAGACACACAGUGACAUGUAUACACACAUAUAUAUAUACACACACACACACUUAGAUACACAGUGACCCAUACACAAAUAUAGAAACACAUACUCUUUGACAGACACACAUACACUCACUGACAAACACGCAUACUCUUUUACAGACACACAUACAAACACAUAUAUACACUCCCACUAACAAGAACAGAUCCAUUCUCACUGACAAACACACAUACACUCCCACACACUCAACAACAAGCACCUAUUCACACUCACUGACAAACACAAUUUUUUUUUACUUUUACUCCACACAGCCCCCCUACCUUUAGGAGUGCUGGCAUGGAGUCCUUGGGUUCCAGUGGGGCUGCUGAGCGGCUGGCGUGCGGGCGGCGAGGGAGCAGUGAUCUCCCUGCUCGGCUCCCUCGCCGAGAUCACUGCUCCCUUGCCGCCCGCGGCCAUUUUUUUUACUUUUGGCGGAACUCCAAUUGGUGCUGGGGUUCCACGGUGCACUAAUUGGGAAAUGCUGAUCUAGAUAUCUGUUGCACAAGAUAAAUGACGGUAACUGGUUCUCUGCGUGGUUGAAGAUACAGCAAUAAUAUAGAACAUCAUUGUUUUUUAGAGACUGGGGGCACUUUGUAGGGCUGAAGAGUGGGGAUCAGCUAUUGAAUGGAAAUAACCAAUGUUUUGAUUGUUCAGCUAUGUUAAGAUAGGUCUUGUGACUUUGGAACUUGUAUAUUUUUUUCUUUUUUAUUCCAUUAAGAUUCGGAAGGAAGAAAGUCCUGUUUGCUACCAUGGCUGUACAGACUGGCUUCAGCAUUGUGCAAGUCUUUUCCAUAAACUGGGAAAUGUUCACGGUUUUAUUCCUCAUUGUUGGUAUGGGACAGAUCUCCAAUUACGUGGCUGCUUUCAUACUUGGUAAGAUCUUUAAAAAAAAGUCCUUUUUUUUUUGUUGUGUGUUUUUUAUUUAUUUAUUUUUUUUAUUUUUUUUUAGCAUUUGCUGUUUCUAGUUUAAGAGACGAUGAUAAGAUUGUAUUUAUUACUUUAAUGGACCUUUUGUAUUGUAUUAAAAGGCUAUAUUUGCCAACAGAUAAAUAAUUUUCACACAAGGUGAUCAUUACCUGGGGACAGCUGAUGGAGGUGCAGUUUGUUACAACAUUUGCGUUCAAAGCUCAUCACCCUCUCUCUGAAGCAGGAAGUUCAGCAGGACUGUCAUAAAUUCUGUAUAUUGUGAAAUCUUUGAGGUCUCACAGCCAAGAUGAGCUUGUGUUCCAUUUGAAUCAGGCUCUUAAGGCUGCUUUAGAACAUACGUCGAUGAGUGCCCCUUAUCACAGGACUUAUUUGGGACAUUAAAGGAAUGCUUCCACCUCCAAAACAACCAAAGUUAUUUUAAAGGUACACUAUAGAUACCAGAACCACUACAGCUUAAUACAGGGCUCGACAAAUCCCAGGCACCAUGGCGACUAGGAUUUUAGACCUGGCGCCUGAGAUUUGUUGGCCCAUUCAGCCCCUGAGGUAGGCCAGUAGUUGUCUGAGUGAAGGUGGCCGGCCAACUAAAGAGCAUGGGCAUGCGGUUGGUUGGCUGGCCGCCCGGCUAAGAGAAGCGCAUUUGCAGCCAUUCUGCCGGCCGGCUGUGCGCACAGUCGGGAGGCUCCUGGAAGAUUGAGGCAUAAGGGCAAACGUCCGAGGGAGCUAUAACAUCCCUCCCUACUCUUUCGCGUCCUCCAGUGAUGGAGGGAGCUGGAAUAUGAUGUCAUUCCGACCCCGGCAUCACUAAACAGUGCUCUAUGGAGCAGGGCAGGGAGAUGACUGAAUUCCCACUGGACCCCAGGGAAAGCAGAACCACUCCAGCUUCAGGUAGGGAUGCUGAGUGGUCACCUUAAUGUGUGUUAUUGCAGUGACAGUGAAUGUGAGUGAGUGUGUGUCAGUAAGUGUGUCGGUUAGUAAACGUGUGUUUAGAUGACCGGUCCCCCUCCAAUCACAUGGGUAAAGGGUUUUUACUCCCUCACCUUUUUCCCCCCAUGCUGUGCUGGUCUCGCCCCAGCUGUCCUUGCCUCCAUGACUGUGAUCAUCAAUCUUGAUGAAAAGCAUUAGGAGGCUAUUGCGCAUGUGUGGCAAAAUGCCAUGCUGCGCCAAUCGGCAUCUCCUCAUAUAGAUGAAUUGAUUUAAUGCAUCUUUAUGGGAAACAUCCAUUGCCUCCAUGCAGAGCGUGAAGACGCUAAACGUAGGUGCUGCGUACUAUGCAGCACUGACCCAGUGUGCACUCUAGCGGUCAUCUGAGUGACUUUCACUAGAAGUGUUACUAGGCUACAAUGUAAAUACCGCCUUUUUCUCUGAAAAGGCAGGGUUUGCAUUGAAAAGUGUGGAGGGACCGGUUAUAGACACGAUAACAACUACAUUGAGCUGUAGUGGUUCUGGUGACUAUAGUGUCCCUUGAAGAAUUUUAUUUUUCCUAACUUUUUUUUUUUUUGCUGACUCCUAGAUUCGAAUUUGUCAAGCCCUGGCUUAAAGGGACACUAUAGUCACCUGAACAACUACAGCUUAAUGUAGUUGUUCAGGUGAGAUCUAUAGCUCCAUGCAGGCAAUCUAAUGUAAACACUGUAUUUUCAGAGAAAAUACAGUGUUUACAUUGAUAGGAAUACCUCCAGUAGCCGUCACUCAGGGCUGCCUGGAGUGUCCCUUUAAUAUAAUGGCUCUGUCUGGGGCAAAGUGCCAAUCCCUGCAGGCUGAGCAGUGUGAUUGCUGUCUUUACUGAGAAAAUACAGUAUUUACACUGCUACUUAAGACGGCCACUAGAGGCACUUCCUGGGUUCGGUCCUGCCAAUAUUGCAGAACCAACUUUCUGUAACUCAAGUUUCUGCAAGGAGAUGCUGGAGUCGAUGCAUCUCUACUAGGAGAGGAGAUAGGUAGACAUUGAAUUGGCUGAAAACAUCAGGAUUGAUGAUUUCUGGGAGUCUGGGCAGCAGCACGGAGAAAAGUUUGCUAGGGGAUAUAAGGUAACUACAACUGUGUUUUGUUUUGGUUUUUGUUUGGAUAGUUUGUUUGCAGAUAGUUGGGCUGAUAUUUAAAAUAGCUGGUAAUAGAUUGAAAUUGUCAUCUAAAGUUCUCAUCCUUUCACUGAGUCCAGUGAGUGAAAUAGUACGACGUCCAUUCCAGUGAGAGAAAUAAACGUAUAGCAGCCAUAUACCAUUUUAUGAUCCUGGCCGUGAGCUGCUGACUGCGCAUGUUCCCAGUUGAACUUUGUGUCCAAUGAUAAAAACAACACUUUGGAAUGUCUAAUUGUUGCUGUCAUAAGCCACAUAGAAAGGAAAGUGUAACGGAGCUCCCUGUACUCCGACCGAGUACCCUCCGUUGAUGGAUGCUCCUAGCGCUUCCUGAGGACUCCAAACACUGCAGCAGACACCACAACCACCGCAGACUCCACAACCGCCGUAGCUUAACUGGAGUCUCGCCGUCUUCCUUCCACCCUGGAUCAGCUUCUGUCCUCCAGGACCGUGUGGGGAAGACCUCUCCUCCAGGAGAGCGUAACAGGAACAGCUCUUAAAAGAGCUAAGUGAUUAAAAGCUCAGGGGAGUAUGCAGAGCAUAGCAAUCCCCAGUGUGAUAUAGCAGUUCCCUCCAAUAAUGAGACAAGGCUACGUAUUGAGGGUCAAGAAGAUCUGUUUACUUGGCACCAAAGGGCCUUCUUUUAUGCAGGUUUCCCUGAGAUAGGACCACCCACAGGGUUUUACACAACAACCAAUGAUAAACGUACAUUACAGAAACACUCCCAGCAAUUACACACAAAAAUCCUCCCCUCUGCCUGUGAUCUAAUUAUGGUACACAAUGGGUUAACAUAAUUAAACACAGGCAGUAAAAAUACAGUUUUUACCCAUACCCUGUAACUUUAAAACCAUACAUCCAAUCUUCAUACAAAUUACAUAUUUAGAAUCAAUCCAUUCAGGGGAGCAACAUAUUAAAAAAUGGCACAAAUGAGACAAGGGGUUCAAAAGUUAGCAAAAGUAUCUUUUGGGGCCUGGCUGGCAGCAUGGUUAUCUGGCCCAAACCGGUUUUACAGAGCCCUCUAUCCAGGAGACAAUGGGGAAAAUAAUCCACUUAUAUCCAGGGAUAGAGGCAGACUGCAUUAACCACAUUUUAGCAAAAGACACAAAUACCUAACUCCUAUCAUACUGAACAGAACCCCCACAUUCAACCUAUCCCCAGAUGGCUUGGAUCUGAGCGCUCAAUAUAUCCAAGCAGCGCUCAGAUCCCACAAAUACAGUCAAAUCGCCAUACCCACUAGUUCCAUAGUCAUGGGGCAGAAGGAUGGCAAUUAGGCUUCUCCAUAACACAGGGAAGCAGGGCAAUUUGUCAAAUAAAAUAAGUUACAAAUGGCAGUCUGUAACAGAAAGGUACUCACUGCACCAUAAACUAUGCAGUAAUGCAAAGUGGUUAUGCUGCCUAGAGCAACAGAAAUCAAUGCUUGCAAAAUGUAUUUUGUCUUCCAUUAACCUGUUAACGCCAUUAGGACGCUCUAUGCCAUCCCCAUUAUAAUGGGCUUUAAAGAACGCCCUAACGGAUUUGAGCCCCAGCGCCCUGCAAGCACUCGCCUCCACUGCGAUCCACUUCUGGGGGACUGCCUCACAGCCCCGGCAGUCCCCCCUCGGCCAUUUAGACACCCGAGGGCCAUGUGAUCGCUUGUGUAGCUUAAUAAAACCGUAGCAGGAAUUAAUAAAACGUAACUUUUUUAUUGUCUCAAUCAAUAUAAAAUAAACCAAGUAUAAUAAGGAAAACGAAUAAAAUCGAGAAUCGAAUGUUCAGUCCUUCCUGUAAAUGCGGUGCUGAGUAAUAUAGCAUUAUUAGGCCCUAACACCAAAACCGCUGGUUACACAACAUUUGAACAUCUUCAAGAGAAAUCUAGUGUCACAACUGGAAAUAAAUUGACUACAGAAGAAAUUAACCAUACACCAUGAGAAGGAAGAAAUUCCCAUACCCACAUUCUUACCUGCAGAGAAUUGUUAACCUAAAUCCAUACCCCAAGAUGGCAUAACAUAUAUGAGGGAAAUGACCCUAGAAAAACUAGUCCUUAACCUACGGACAAGACUACCAAAGAUCACUGGAGAGCAACCACCAGGCCGCAUGCUAGCUGCAGUUAAUGAAGCAUUGUCCACAAUCCCAUCCUGCACCAUCACAGAAACGAACAGGCUCAUAUAUGCCACAGCAUUAGUAACUUGACUACAAGAUCAAUGAACAUCAAAUGUGGCAUAUACCAAGGUGAUGCGCUGUUCUGCAUAGGCCUCAACCCCCUUAGCCAGAUCAUCAAGAAGUGUGGAUACGGCUACAAGUUCAAGAGUGGAGCUACCAUCAGCCACCUACUCUACAUGGAUGACAUCAAGCUGUAUGCCAAGAAUGAGCGGGGCAUUGACUCACUGAUCCACCUAACUAGGAUAUACAGCAAGGACAUCAGAAUGUCAUUCGAACUAGAGAAGUGCGGGUGGAUGAUAGCAAAAAGAGGGAAAAUGAUCAGGACAGAAGGAGUUGAAGUUCCAGAAGGCCAAAUAGAAGAUGUAGAGAACAGCUACAAGUACCUGGGGGUACCACAAACACAUGGCAACCAUGAGGAAGAGGCAAGUAGAUGGCAAAAAGUACCUUCAGAGAGUCAGACAGGUCCUGAAGUCCCAGCUCAAUGGCAAGAACAAGAUCCAAGCCAUCAACACAUAUGCCCUACCGGCUAUCACGUACCCAGCUGGAAUAAUAACCUGGCCAAGAGAAGAACUGGCCACCAUGGAUGUCAAGACCAGGAAACUACUCCCUAUGAAUGGAGGAUUUCACCCGAAAUCCAGCACCCAAUGACUGUAUACCUGCCGGAAGAAAGGAGGUUGGGGCCUGCUGAGUGUCAAGGCCACAGUCCUGGAUGAAACACAGAGCAUCCACAAGUACAUCAUGAAGAUGGCUCCCAAAGAUGAACUACUAAGGGAAUGCCUGAAACUUCCACAGAUCAAGGAUGCAGGAAAAGAGGAGGUUCCUUGGCAAGACAAACCUCUCCAUGUGGUGUACCACCAGCAGAUCGUGGAUGUGGCUCACAUGAUAAAAUCCUACCAGUGGUUGGAAAAGGCAGGACUGAAAGAUUGCACUGAGGCACUAAUCCGAGCAGCACAGGAGCAGGCACUCAGCACCAGAUCAAUAAAAGCUGGAGUCUACCACAGAGACAGUCCAUCACCUAGUAGCUGGAUGCAAGAUGUUAGCAGGAACAGCAUACAUGGAGACACACAACCAAGUUGCUGGGAUUGUGUACCGAAACAUCUGCACAGAAUAUGGAUUGGACCUGCCUAAGUCCAGAUGGGAGAUACCACAAAGGGUAGUUGAGAAUGACAGGGCUAAGAUCCUGUGGGACUUCAAGAUCCAGACAAGCAAGUGCUGGCCAACCAACCAGACAUCGUGGUGAUAGACAAGGAAUGAAAGACUGCAGCCGUGGUGGAUGUGGCAAUACUCGGUGACUAUAACAUCAGGAAAAAGGAACAUGAGAAGUUGGACAAAUACCAAGGACUGAAAGAAGAACUAGAACGUAUGUGAAAAGUGAAGGCAGUAGUAGUCCUAGUUGUGAUAGGAGCACUUGGGGCUGUGACUCCCAAGUUGGGGGAGUGGCUACAGCAGAUUCCAGGUGAGACAUCUGAGAUUGCUGUCCAGAAGAGUGCAGUUCAAGGAACAACUAAGAUACUGCGCAGAACAUUUAAACUCCCAGGCCUCUGGUAGAGGACCCAAGAAUGAGGAAUAAACAUACCACCCAGGAUGGGUGAGAAAAUAAAUGUGUGUGUGUGUGUGUGUGUGUGUGUGUGUGAGAGAGAGAGAAUUAGAUACAUAUACACGUAGGAUUUAAAUACAUGUAUGUUUAAAUUAUAUGCGUAUAUUUAUGUAAUCUUUUUACAUAAUUAAGUCAUUUUAUUAAGUAUAAUUUGAGGGACCAGCCUGACAACCCAGGCAGCAAGUCCAGAGAUUUAAUUUGCAAGUCCUAUGUUUAACCCUGUAACUUUUCAAAACACCAUAAAACCUGGACAUGGUGGGUAGUAUUGUACUUGGGAGACUUCACUGAACACAAAUACAAGUGUUUCGAAACAGUAAAACUUUUCACGACAAUAUCACCAGUAAAAGUGCAGGUUUUGUGUGUAAAAAUAAAAAUACAAAAAACAAAUGUGAAUGCUAACUUUGGCUAGCGUAUGUAACUAAGUGACAAAACUUGUACAAUUGGCUCCGUCCUUAAGGGGUUAAAAACAUAAAAUGUAAUCUGCCAUAGUGUAUUCCUAUUAAAUUCUGUACUAAAUCCUAGUACAGGAUUUAAUUACUUACUGGGCUCAAUUACCAAAUAUAAGGUCUUAUCGAUCCCUGGUGAGAUGGCUUUUCAUCAUAUUUAGUUAUAACCUGGUCUCUUUAACCUAACUUUUUGGCCACCUGGUGUACUGUUCCUCAUUUGUAUCUGGACAAUGUUUAGCUGGGAGUCCCGACCCUCCAAAGGAUCACUGCAUAGAAGAUCACCUCCUGUAUUGAUAGACAUUAGAACACACUAUAAAUAUGUCACUAUUCAGGCAUUCUGUUCUACUGUGUAAUAUUUAUUAAAAGCCUAGUUUAAAAUUGCGAACAUACUCCAUGUGCUUCUGAAUUGAAAAAUAAAGUAUUUUUGUUAAUGUUUGGUGAUUUUUAUUUCACCUUUUUUUUUUUUUUUUUUUUAAAUGUAAUGCUUUUUCCAAUCCAGAUUACAAUGUUCUGUAAUCACCAUAGUGAACCUUUCUCUGUAACUGAUAUGGAGGCUAAAAGUAAACAUUAUUUCUGUGCACUGUGUAGUACUGCACUGUCAAAAGCCGGCCUGUUGAUUUGUCUCUUGUACAGUGGUUACAGAAAUCUUAGCCUUUAUUAUUGACGUAGAGCUGCUUUGCAUUUGUACAUAGGAGUUGUUGCUACUGUCACUCAGGAUUAGAUUUUUGCCUUCUAAAUUAUUACAAAUAAUGCAAGAAAAGGCUACUUGGGAUUCAUUGGAAGCAACAUUUGCAUUGUAUUAUAUUUUGCCAAUAAAUCAUUUUUUUUAUUUUAUUUUUUUCACAAGAAGCAAUGUUUAAAUAUGGUUAACUGUUUGUGGGAUAGGGGUCCCAAAGCCCAUCGUUGAAACUGUAAAAAUAUGAUUACUAAUGGAAAAUUUAUGAACUUAGAAAAAGAUGUUACUUAAAUGAAUAUGAGAAUUUACGAUUAUGGAUCACAUCUUACCCCUUUUUUAAACUCCAUGCAGCCACUUCUUGUAGUUAAGUCAUCACGGUUGAUGACAUGUGACCCAAUCAGAUACUUUACAUAGAAAAGCAUUGAGGACCUUCUGCCAAUCCCAUGCGUCUCUAUGAGAAGCUUUUAAAUGCUGGACUUCUUGUAAACAAACAUUGGAAACACACAGAGUAAGGCACUGAUGUACUAUUUAUGCUGAUUCCAGAUGUCAACUGUAUUAAAUCUAUUUCAGCUGCCAGUUUCAAAUGUAAUCCAUGUAUACUCUUAUUUAAAAAAAAAAUUCCACAUAGCUCUGACACAUUUUUACUCAAAGGGACACUAUAAUCACCAGAACAACUACAGCUUAUUGUACUUGUCCUCGUGAGUAUAGUCAGUCCCUGCAGGCUUUUUGCACUAAACACUGUUUUGUUUUUUUGUUUUUUAUAAUGUUUACAUUAUAGCCUAAGGACUCCUCAGAUGGCUACUAGAGGUGCUUCCUGGGACAGUGCUGCAUAGUGUGCAGCACUGACGUUAAGUGUCUACACGUUGUGCAUGGAGAAGCCGAACGUUUCUCAUAGAGAUGCAUUCAAUUAAUGCAUCUCUAUGAGGAGAUGCUAGUUGGCCAGGGCGGCGUUUGCUGAGAUCAUCUGAAUUGACUAUCUCAGCCAAUCCAAUGCUUUCCUAUGGAAAAGCAUUGUGAUUGGCGGAGAUCAUAAAUUCACAUAAUGUCAGCCAAGGAGGCGGAUUGGGGGGUGAGACCGCACUGUGGACCCGCCUAGUGCUGGAAAUAAGGUAAGCUUUUACUAGCUUUAAAGUAGGAAAGGAGAGACCGGAGUGUGUGGGGCUAAAUAGUUUAACACCGUAGGGUCAGAUAUACACAUUUUUCUUCCUUUAAGCAGAUGCAACUAAUCAAUUCAAUUAAAUUCUGGAGAAACUAUGAAGAUUGUUUUAUCAAGUACAAAAUGAUUUCUACAUAUUUGCACAUAGAUGCAAAAAAAUCAUAUCUAAAUAUAUCUCUCUAAAAUUAAUUUGCCGUUUACAUCUUGGUGACGUUAAAAUUAGAUUGUACUAUUUCUUUCAUAUAAGUCCCUUUAAAAUUGCCUGUCCCAUAGAUAAAAAGCAGUACAAUAUGAGGAUUUUCCCAGACAUCGAUUUCACAUGCAGUUCUGCUUUUUUUAUAAACCAUGUGAUGUCUAAUUUAGUGAUCAAACAUGGUUCAUAGUCCAAUACUUGGUAAUGAGUCAUUCCAGAAAUGCAGAAUUUACCUAUUCUUAAAUGGACACACCAAGAGCCUGCUAUAACAAACUGAUAUUGGUGCCCUGAAACAGAUUAGCCAUUCAGCUCACCCUUCCUGCUGGCAGGUGCAGAAAUAUACCACUGAAAAUGGGAAGACUAGAGCUGAAUGACAGUGUUUGAUUGGAGAAGGACUCCUGCUCUGAGGCAGCAGCUGCAAAUCUUGCUGAAUUGCAACAAUUGCAAGAACCUAAAGUGAAUAUUUUCAUACAUAUAAAUUAUCUAUCCUGUGGAAAAGUUAGAGCUCAUUUAAAAAAAAAUAAAAAAAAAAUUGCCAUGUCCACUUUUUUGGUGAAUGAUAGAGGCCACCAAUAUCAGUCUUUAAACUACACUUGCUCCUGGUCACACAUUUGAAUUGUUUUAAAAAAAAAAAAAAAAAUAUAUAUAUAUAUAUAUAUAUAUAUAUAUAUAAGUAAAGUAACUAAUUUUGGCAAAAACAAUAGUUUGUCUUGUUUUAGUUUACACAUUUGUUGCUUCAUUGUUUGUGUUUUUUGGGGGUCGUUUUGUAUUUUUUAUUUUUUUUUUAAAUGUAUUGUGCCCUCAAAACAAUUGACACAUUGUGAGAGUAAAACCAAUUAUGAACUGUGUAUAUGUACACCAAGACUAAAAGAGCGUGUGAGAGUUUAUGCUUUCUAAAUAAUAUAAAAAUGAAAAAAUUUAAGUGGUUCAAUCCACAAAUUACGAGUCAUGUCUUUCCAAGAGGACAUAAGAGGCCAAUGUGCAUAUAAAACCUAUUUUAGGGAUUAUAGGCACAAUGGCCAUCCUUGCCGAUUUUUAAGCCCAUUUAUAAAACGCGGCGUUACUGCAGUAGGCUGCUGCACCAGUGUCCGAACACUCAGGGUAAAGCUUGGCUAGAGAUAAUUCUAUAUCCCUGGGAAUCUGUCGGUUGGAGAGGCAGAACUAGUCUUCUUCAUAGUUGGCCACACGCUUCAGAUAUGGUUUUAGUUGUUUAACACACUUUUGUAUUUAAAACCAUGCAGAUUAUCAUUUGUUAAAGCUGAGCUAUGGACUUCUAUGUAGCUCCCUGUCUGUAUGAAACAUUUAUUUAUAUUUUUUUGAACGCUUUGCUUUUCAUGAAACACAAGGAAAUUUGUAACUAGGUAACAUUUUACAAUUGGCAGAGGUUAAUCAAGGUCCAUAUUUCAUUUGCAGAUCAGAUUUACCCACAAGCCUCAGUUAACUCAGUCCCACAGAAGGCCAACCAUCAUAGACCGAGGAAAACCUGUUAGUCUUGCCCAGAUAUUGAGAUCUGGAACUAGGCAAAAAUAUUAAGAUGAUAAAUCAAUCUAAAAUAAAGGCAAAAGGAAAGGGGGAAAAAAAACAAUAUACAGCGGAUUGCUUUAACCCCUUCAUGUUGCUAGGACAUUUCAUGUCAUCCUCCACAGAGUGGGCUUUAACACAUAAUAGCAUUGAAUGUCCUUUAGUUUUUGUAUAGGCAGGGUUAAAUCCCUGCUCACACCAGAGACACCCAGGUACCAAUCGAUACCUGGAAUUCCACUCUUAGCUGGGGCCAUGUUUAGUGAGAGAUGAGCUGUAUGCAGUUCUCAAAGUGAGCAUUGCAUAUAGCCCUUUAAAUAACCAUUGUUGAGUUAUCCCAUUCAGUCAUGGUGAUUCUCUGCUUGCCCACAUUUUGAGGUAGACGCCCAGGGUCUGAGAUGACCUUGAGAGGUUCUCCCUGCAAACUUGAUAUGCACUUUGCUUUGCGUGCUGCCCAGCAUGGAUCACUGUGUUCUGCAAGAACGGCAUUGAUGAGCUGCAGUGUGAGAGAAAGAUCUCCCUCUCAUGCUGCAAUCAUACAGUAGAGGACGCUCGGGAAGCAUGAAGCUAUUUUGAGUUCUUUUUCUUAAGUUCUGUUUGAUGAGUAAAAAUGUAUUGUAAGCCAAACCUUGAAAUAUGUGCUUUCCAUUGUAUCCCCUCCUUUUUUUUUUUUUAAAUGUGUUAGGUAUACAUACAGGAUAUUAAAAGAAGGCCAUUUAUAUUCUUUAUAAAACUAUAUAGCCUCUGAGUGCAAUUGAAGAGAAACACCUAAAUUAUGGUGGCCUAAAUUCUAGGUUUUGUUGUGGUUCAGAAGUUUGACAAUUGCUUCUGUCCUUAAAGGGUUAAGCAUUGAAACAUGCUCUGUAAUUUAUUUCAAUAAAUGAACGCUCUGAAUCAAUGCUUUCCUCUGGGGAAGGCCUAAGGUGUGCACAUGGUGCAUGCCCAUUGGGUGCCCUCAGAUUGCCGAUGUCGGUGGAGCACUCUGGUACAUUGGAGCUUGAAUCAGGUAAGUGUUUAAAGUUUUUUUUGUUUUUAACCCUUUAAUUGGCAGGGAGGGGGGAUCAUUUUAGUGCAUAGGAUCACUAUAUCUUUAGGAAUACACUUAUACACUCUUCAUUUAACUCCUAAAUGGCAGAGAAUUGAGCAGUGAGACUUCAGAGGCAUGAUCUAUACACUCAAACUGCUUCUAAGCUAAAGUUGUUUUGGUGAAUAUGGUGUCCCUUUAAUUUUUAAAUGCCAAUGUUCUUUAUUUUGUUUUUUAUUUUUCUUUAUGAAGGGGCUGAAAUCCUUGGCAAGUCGGUUCGGAUUAUAUUCUCUACACUUGGUGUCUGCAUAUUCUAUGCUAUCGGCUACAUGCUGCUGCCUCUAAUUGCUUUCUUCAUCAGAGACUGGCGGAUGUUACUGUUGGCCCUAACAAUCCCAGGGCUGUUCUGCAUUCCUUUGUGGUGGUGAGUUUCAUGGUACAUCCGGUUUAAAUACUAACUGGCCACAUCUCCGUGGAACCUCUGUAUUGUCUUACCUGCCAAAUCAUGGGGGCAUGUGGGGGAAUCUACCACCAGCAGGGUGAAAUCAAUUUGUGGUACAUUGAAAUCCAGUCGAUUUAGAUGCCACAUAUAUAUAUUUUUGAAGCUAACUUUCCUGUUUACUGUUUAAUCCAAAACUAAAACGUACCGUAACUGCAUAUCACGUGAGAGAGAGUGUUUGUCUGUCUCUCUGUCAAGGUCAGGUCACCAGAUGACUGAGGAAGCUUAUUUUUAAGCGAAACGUGUUUUUGCAACAGGACCGGCACUUAUUGGACUAUUCCCAACAUUUGUUUUUAAAUUGGUUUAUUUGUUUUCAUACAUAUAUUUUUAUUAAUAAAUCACUGUUGGAUUAAUCUCGUGUCCAGUCCUGCCCUUGUGACUUCUGCACUUCAAUAGGGGAAGUGUCACCCCAUAACUUGACACCUUGCUUUUCCACCUCAGAGCCAGGCUUAUCAGGCUCUGAACAAGGUGAGCUUAACAUCCUUAUAUAUUAGGGAACGACCGAUUAUCGGUCUGGCCGAUAUUCUGUAUUUUCAGCUAACUGCCAAUAAUGCAGACCAUGGCGGUCCUGGGGGAUCCAGCAAGCUCUCGCUAGUUAGGGGAGCUGCCAGGAAGGUAAGUAAGCGCUUGCUGGGCCCCCCAGGGAAUGCCAUAUCCCCCCCCCUCCCUGGCCAGGUAAGAAGCCGGGAGGGGGGACUAAAAGCUCCUGCCUCACCCAUGGAUAUAAGUUAAAAAAAUUAAAAUGCCCCCUCCCCUCGUUUUAAACACUUAACAUACCUACACACACACACACACUACAUUCAUUAUAUAUACACACUAUGCAAACACACUGCAUUCAUAUAAAAUAAACUAUUUUUACACAAAUCUACUGUUAACAGGACAUGUUUAUUUUUUAUUUAUUUCAAAUCUAUUUUAUUUUUUUUAUUACGAUAAAUGCACAACAUUAUACAUACCAGUCAGAAUUUUUUUAUGUUUUCAAGAAUAUAUGUGUGUGUAGUGGAUGCAGUGAGAGUAUUUGAUUAGUGAAUGCAGUGUGUGUGUGUGUGUGUGUGUGUGUUUUUGUAGUGGAUGCAGAGUGUGUGUUUGUGUAGUGUGUGUGUGUGUGUAUAGCGAAUGCAGUGUGUUUUGUGUAGUGUGCUUAUAGUGAAUGCAGUGUGUACUGUGUGUGUAUAGCGAAUGUGGUGUGUGUGUGUGUGUGUGUAGCGAAGGCAGUGUGUUUUAUGUAGUGUGUGUGUAUAGAAGGCAGUGUGUUUGUGUAGUGUGUGUAAUGUGUAUGUAGUGAAUGCAGUUUGUGUAGUGUGUGUGUGUGUAUAGUGAGUGCUUGUGUAGGUAUAUUAAGUGUGUAAAAUGGGGGGGAAAGGGAGGGAUUUGUAUUUUUAACGUUAAAAAAAUAAAAUAAUAUGUAUUUAUUUUUUAAAUAGUUUUAGUUCCCACUCCCUGCUUCUUACCUGGCCAAGGACAGGGGGAUAUGGCAAGCCCUGGGGGGCCCAGUGCACUCAUACUUCCCUUCCCAGCAGCUCCCCUGUCUAACUCUUGUGGCAAGUGUGCCGCGGUAACCCGUGGCUCUGACUGCCGCAGAUUUAGACCGGGAAGUUGCUGGGAAGGUAAUUAAGUGUGCUGGGCCCUCCAGGACCUUGAUGGGGGCCCUGGCCUGUAUUAUCGGCAAUAUCAAUAUCUUUAUUGGCCGAUACUGAUAUUGCUGAAAAUACAGAAUAUCAGCCGAUAAUCUGUAUACCAUCUGCACCAUAUUCUCUGUGUUUUUAUUUCAUAUAUUUCGUCUGACGCCACUUUUACUCCUACAUACAUUGAGGGGUGAGUAUGAUCAUUUAUGCGUGGUUCACUUUCCACCUAGCACUCCACUCUAAUAUAGAUAUAGGAUCUAUAUACUUCUUAUUUACAGGAUAUGUAACACAGUAUCGCGGUAUUGCUAAGUAUGUUUUGUGCUCUAGUAUAGAAUAUGCUCGGUGUGUCAAAUGUAGAGAGGAUAGGUAAAGAUACGUAUGCAUUUUUACAUUAUUUGCCUUGGUAAUAAUUUACAUCCAAACCAGUAAUGUACUUAAAAUUAUUCUCAUGGUUGCAGACUUGCUGUCUAAUAAUAAUUUAUUGCAUACUGUAAAGAGAACGUAAAUUAUUUUUCUACAAGUUUCAAAGCAGUGACUCUUACAUGCAGCUUUACAUAGGACACUGGGAAAGGAUAUGUAGCUCUUAAACCUAAUAUUCAUAUGGACGGAGGCUGAGAAUACACCAUGAUUUGAUUGAGCUCGAUAUGGUGCGCCCAGCAUUUACAAAAUAUGGCCUCCUUGCACUUUCUGUUGUAUCAUUUUCUUCUAUUUGCAGAGGAUGGCUCUCUUAUAAAACAAAUCCAAUAGGCAGCAGUCAUGAGAGGGAACACAUUAAUGUAGAUGCCAGAGGAGAAUGAUCAAUCUGGUGGACCUCUCAAAUUUCCAUUCUAAAUAGAGAUGUAACCAUAUCUCAGUGUGCAAUUCAUUGAUCUUUAGUUAUGAAGAAAUAAUUGCAAACUUUCACUACUGAUGACAUGAUACAAAAAUGUUAGUAGAAACAGCCCACUGGCGAUCGGAUAAGAAAUAUCUCUAUAUAAAUGAGAAGAGGUCAGCAACUGAGACUUGAAGGAAGAUUAUACCCUCGUAGAGGGAAGAGCUAUUCCUUAAGCAAGAUCAGUCUAAAGUGGACAGGUGAUAAUCAAACUUAGACCUUGGCAGAUAUAUAGAAUAUGCCUGCCAAUCUCUUCCAUGAUAUGCAGAAGAUAGUUGGUCAUAUGUCACAUUAGUUAAUGCAUCAAUUCUGCCUUGUGUUGAUGGUUUAGUUCACUGAUUCGUUGAGUAAUAACGAAAUAAAUAUUUUCUUGCAAAUAUUUGGCAAUCAAUAAAUAAACUUGGCCUUUAAUUGUGAUAUAAAAAUGAGCUUAUAGGGUCAUAACAAAGUUACAGAUAAAUGCUAUAUGACAGACUUGAGUUGCGAGAGAGUCAAAAUUUGGAAUUUGCAGAUAGUGCGUACGUGUAUGUUGAGGUGUCCGGGCAGCUUAGCAUUGUCGGUGACUGAUUCUACUACAAAUGACUGCUUUUAUGUGUCGGCCAUCUUUCCUGUCACAGCCGUUUUGAUUUACAAACACGAGCACAUCUCUAAUAUCUUCAGCACUAACAUGUUAGCGUUGUUGAGUAAAGUAAAUCCCAUAACCAGUCCAAGUCUGUGUAUAAAUUAGACAGUAUCCAUUGUUGAAGCUGUAUAAAAGUUUGUUUUUUUACAUAUUCCUGAAUGACCAUAAAAGGCUCUUCUAACCAAAGCAAUCAAUGGUUUAUUCAUGUCUAAAUCCAAAAGUUACUACCUCUAAUUAUUCUUGACCUUUGUAAUACUCCUCACAUUCUGGUCUUUCUUCUCUCUCUGCCUUUCCUUUCCAACUGCUCAUGUGUUUUUUUUUUUGUUUUUUUUUGAUACAUCGUGCAUCUCAUAUGCAGCAUUACUUCUUUUCCACCUUCGUAGCAACAGCACUCGAAUAAAAGCACUAAUUAGACCUGCGCUCACACUCCGAUCACUUUUGGAUAACUUCAUGGACUAUAGAAUUCACCUUGAAUGUAGAAUCUACCGUAUAUACUAGAGUAUAAGUCGACCCGAAUAUAAGACCCCUAAUUUUACCCCCAAAAACUGUGAAAACUUAUUGACUUGAGUAUAAGACUAGGGUGGGAAAUACAGCAGCUACUGGUAAGUUUCUAAAUAAAAUUAAAUCCCAAUAAAAUUACAUUAAUUGAAUAUUUAUUUUGUGUGUGUUUAUAUAAUGCAGUGUGUGUGUGUGUGAAUGCAGUGUGUAUCUGAUGCAGAGUGUGUAACCUUGGUGGGGGGUGGGCAUUUUUUUUUAAAAUUAUUUUAAUAUUAAUAUUUUUAUUUUAAUAUUCCAUUUUUGUAUUUUAUAUUUUAUUAAUAUUUUUUUUGUCCCCCCCCUGCUUUAACAUUCCCUGGUGGUCCAGUGGCAUGGGCUGCGCAGGAGAAACUUACCUUUCCUGCAGCUCCUGUCAGCUCCCUUCUCCUCUGUGCCGGUCAGCUCCCUUCUCCUCCACUGUAAGUCUUGCGGUCUGAGUGCUGCGCGGCUCUCGUGAGCCUUACAGUGGGAGCUGACUGGCACGGAGGAGAAGGGAGCUGACAGGAGCUGCAGGAAAGGUAAGUUACAGCUCGCUGCCAGCCCCCAACAGGACCGCUGGACUUGUAAUGAGCCCGGCGGUCUAGGUCUGUAUUUUAUUGCAAUGUAAGUUGCCAUAAUACAGACAUUGACUCGAGUAUAAGAAGAGUGGGGGUUUUUCAGCACAAAAAAUGUGCUGAAAAACUCAUCUUAUACUUGAGUAUAUACGGUAAAUGAAACCGCACUGUCCCAAACCCCAGUGUACACUUUGAAAUAAGUCUAGCCAGUUAGAAUAGUUUUUUUUCCCGGUUACACUGACUUCUUUCAGGUAAAAGACAAAAAAGGGCACUCCUUUACUGUACUGUACAGGUGGUUAUGGUGCUUGGAUUGCUUCUUUAUAUACUCUAGGGAGCACAUGGGGUCAUGAAAUUUAACUUCAUCUAUCUGUUCUUAUAUCUCUCCUGAUCUUGUAAAAUCCUAUAAUUAAUGUUUUUGUUGCUAGCUUGACAACUACACAUUUCCUGAAUCAUAAUCCAUCCCAAAAUAUCUAAUUUUUUUUCUUCUUCAAAUAUUUGGCAGAGUCUAUUUUGUUCACUUGUGCAACGGUCAUCCCAACCCCUCAAUGAGUAAUUGAACUUUUUCUUCCUUUUGCUGAUCACAUCCGAUAAAUUUCUAUGUGCUUAUACAUCCUCAUAAUAUUGGUUAUAUUUGCCCAAUUUCCAAGGUAAAAUACAAUCUUUGUUCUUGUUCUCUUUAGUUCCUGCCUUCACACACUUAAAACCCUUAUGCUUGCUGAAGUGAUUUAUGUAUGAAUUGUGUGUCCUUUUUUUUCCAAAUUGCAAAUAGUGCAGGUUUCAAUAGAAAUUCCACCUAUUAACAGUGUUACUCCCCCCUGGCUGUCAAUCAUGCAACCAGUCCUUUUCCUUCCUGAUUUGGUUAGCUCAGCUAAACGUAAAAGGCAGCAAUUGCUAAGAGCCCCUGCCUUGCAAAAACUUCUCAUUGACCUGCAUUGGGAAGUCUGUGAUUGGAUAGCCACAGAAAGUCUGAGCAGGGUUGGAGUGGGACGGUUUGCAUAGGCUGCAGUCAAGAGAACAGUUUUUAGACAUAUCGCAAGAAAACAUGCAUAACUAAAUGCAUGCAUGUUUUCAUUGGGGUAUUGUGACAAACUCCCCUUUUUCAGUGAGUUUGCCACGAAUUCCUGGAGGAGCCUGCUUGCCAGCCUCCUGCCCACAGACAAUGGACCCUGUGAAAAAUAAUGUUAAGUCUCUGUUUGUGCCAUUUGGACUUGUAUGGCUACACUUCGAAACUUUCAAAGCAGCACUUCAAAUUACAGAACAACCGCACGAACCAGAGACCACCCUGGAGCUUGUUAACACCUAUUAACAACUUGGAACGUUUCUCACCACGGUGUUCUAAUUGUUCGUCUGGGUGGCCGCAAUUCCUAUGGACAACCACAAGGUGGCGGCCUUGUUUGCAUGAACACAGGCAGCGGUGUUUAGGCAUGAAUCUCAUGGAACUAGAAUUGGAUACAGAAACUCCCAAACACCGCUGGACUGCCAUCAGUCUUAGAAGGGCACUGUUCGGUGAGGUCUUUCGUCUGGAUGCGGGGAUCAAUCUCCAGGGUAAGACUAUUGACUCUGUUCGGUAGUUUGUUGGUUUUCAAACUACCGAACUAGACCAACCGCAUUCCCGGAUUCUCUGGAACUGUUUUGGGCAUGGGACCAUGCCUGCGGUCGGUCAAAUAUGUGACUUCCAGGAAAUUCCUGCACACCUGAACUGAUCUGGGUGAUUUUUGCAUAUGUGGGUCACCCAGAUCAGGGCUAUCAGGAGAUGUGACAUUUGUGGAGAUAUUAUGUGUUUUGGGGUACUUUUGGGACUUUAUAGAAAGGUGUGUUUUUUUUCUGCCUGGAGAUAAUUAAGUUAAUACAAUAUCUGACUCCAUUAUCUUCCAGGCAGAGGGGAGGGAUUGUAUAUGGGAGUGUCAUGUAUUUAAACACCUUUUGUCAUUGGUCUGGGACUUUGUGCUGUAGUCCCCCACAAGGUCCAGGAUUGAGUGCCCCUUGCAUGGGGACAUGCAUAUAAGGCCAGUUGUGGCUGCCAUUAAAGCAUUCCAGCUUACACUCCAAAACUGUGUGUGGUCCUGUUAUUGGAGGGAAGGAAGAUUAACUCCUGUUUCUGCUGUUCCAGCUUGCAGGGGAUUCAACAGGGAAAGUCCUUGUAAGGACUAGAGCUCCCAGGACUGAGUGUUGUCCAGAGCCUGGGGGUGUCUAGAGCUAAUUCCCCAUUUGGCUCCAGGAGGGAGCGGUUCCAGGACCCCAGUCAAGCCACGGCGACUGAGGGAAAGAGUGCUGAGGUUUUGUCCCCUGUUCCAGCUAGGAAGCAGUCCUUGGCGGAGGUACCCAGUUAGGGGUCCAGUGAGCUCUUUUACAGGUAUAUCUACUAAAGUGAUUUGUAUUUAUUUUAAUUUGGACAGUGGAGUAUCCCUUUUAAAGUUAGACAUUUGAAACCUGAAACACACUAGUUGAAUAUUAAAAUUUUUUUUGUAGUUCCUGAUUUUUUUCACUUUGACACUUAGUCUAUUUCAAGGGAAACUAUAGUUCCAGGAAAACAAACUAAUUUUCCUAACACUACAGCUUCCCCUUCUGUCAAGGCCCCCUCCCGCGGCACUGAAGGAGUUAAUAACCCCUUCAGUCACUUACCUGACUCCACCGUCGAUGUCCCUCGAUUAACACGAGGGUUUACAGCUCCUGAAAAUUGUAUUUUUAAUAAAUAUUUCACUGAACAUACAAUUGUAAUGCUGCAAUAUUGUAUUGUCUGAUUAUCUGCUGGAGACCAUAGGAAAAUAGAUCAAGAGAGAGUUCUUCCAGAGUGGAUGUUAUGAAUGCUGGUAUAUCACCGAUCUCAGCCUCCUCCAGCUGGAGGUCCUCAUGCAGAGCGGGAGGAUGUCCAGCGUCUGAUAACGAACCAAAAAUCCAUUUGGAUUCCGGAAGUCCCUCUAGUGUCUGUCUGGUAGAUAGCCACUAGAGAAGGAGUUAACCCUCAGAGGUAAUUAUUGCAGUUUAUAAAAACUGCAAUAAUUACCACUGCAGAGUUAAGGGUGAUGAUAGUUUGCACCCAGACCACUUAAGUGAGCUGAAGUGGUCUGGGUGCCUACAGUGUCGCUUUAAAUAUGUCACACUACUUCAGACAGUUGGCUUGUUUUCCUAUAUAGGCUGUGUGCAGUGUAAUUUCCUUUGCAGCAGUGACCUCUACUGGUCAUUAUUAUAACCUAUUUUAUUACAUAUGAUAAAUUGAUUAGUAUUAUCUCAAAAUUCUAUACUCUUUAUUAUUGUAUCCUGCAAUGCUCCAUGGAGCUCUGCAGAUAGAGAUCAGAGAAAUUAGAAGCCUAGAAAUAAUUUAAUUGCAAUUCUUUGGAAUAAACCAGAUGUCCUUCAACUGGAUUCUGUUUUCCUGCAACAUAGAAAGGCAUUAAUUGUUUCACUUUUUAAAAUUUCUUAAAGCAUUUCACUGUAGGUUCUAUCUACAGAAUUAAUUAACCAAUAAUCAGUCUCCAUAAUAAUGUGUGUACAUGGUGCAUUUAAACCUCCAGCAUGUGUGUGCUCAAUGUUGAUUGUGCCCGCCCACCAGCAUAUGACCCCCAGGUACAGUUGCUUGCAGGUGUCCAUGGUCCAUGCACAUUGGAAUCGUGGAACAGGGCAGUUUCCCUGGCUUCAGGUAGACUCUACAGAAUAUACAGAGGCUUUCUUAAGGGACUUUUGCCUGGGUACCUCUGUCACACACAGGGGUUGGUACCUGGUUUGGGAUCCAGAACUGUAUCUCCCAUAGAACCACAGAAGUCGUACAAAAUAAAUCCUCAUAUUCCCCACAAACACCAGCUAGAUGUUGAUGAAGUGAAGAAAUAUAACAUUUUAUUGGUAAAACACAGGACAUGUAAACACAAGUUUGUUUGAACAGUUAAAAGAAGAUUUCAUUGUGUACUAAUUGCACCGUUGGAUAUACUUAUUGUCUCCAAAAUUGGACGUCAUGCCAUUCUCCUUAAAGGAUCACUAUAGUGUCAGGAAAACAAACUCUUUUUUUCCUGACACCAUAUCAUCCUUCGGAUCCCCCCACCAUCGGGUCCCCCUUUCUUGGCACUGGAGGGGUUAAAACCCCUUCAGUAACUUACUUUAAUCCAUCGUCUGGCUCACUCGGCGCUGGUGACCUCUACUCCCCUGCCAACUUCAGCUCCCGAGUGCAGCGGAAUGAGCAUGCACGGCAAGAGGCGUGCGCACAUUCAAACAGUCCAUAGGAAAGCAUUUCUCAAUGCUUUCCUAUGGAUGUUCUGCACACUGGAUGCGAAUUUCGCAUCCAGCUUCGCAGGAGCGCCUCUAGCGGCUGUCAGGAAGACAGCCACUAGAGGUUGGAUUAACCCUGCAAUGUAAACAUAGCAGUUUCUCUGAAACUGCUAUGUUUACAUCUGAAGGGUUAAAACCUGGGUGACCUGGCACCCAGUCCACUUCAUUGAGCUGAAGUAGUCUGGGUGACUAUAGUGUCCCUUUAAUGUUUGUGUGGCUAUUUUCAUGAAACUCCAGUUUCCCAUGGGGAGCUUUCUUAAAGGAACACUAUAGUCACCUAAAUUACUUUAGCUAAAUAAAGCAGUUUUAGUGUAUAGAUCAUUCCCCUGCAAUUUCACUUCUCAAUUCACUGUCAUUUAUGAGUUAAAUCACUUUGCUUCUGUUUAUGCAGCCCUAGCCACACCUCCCCUGGCUAUGAUUGACAGAGCCUGCAUGAAAAAAAAAACUGGUUUCACUUUCAAACAGAUGUAAUUUACCUUAAAUAAUUGUAUCCCAAUCUCUAAAUUGAACUUUAAUCACAUACAGGAGGUUCUUGCAGGGUCUAGCAAGCUAUUAACAUAGCAGGGGAUAAGAAAAUCUUAAUUACAACUUGCAAUAAAGAAAGCCUAAAUAGGGCUCUCUUUACAGGAAGUGUUUUAUGGAAGGCUGUGCAAGUCACAUGCAGGGAGGUGUGACUAGGUUCAUAAACAAAGGGAUUUAACUCCUAAAUGGCAGAGGAUUGAGCAGUGAGGCUACAGGGGCAUGUUCUAUACACCAAAACUGCUUCAAUAAGCUAAAGUUUUUCAGGUGACUAUAGUGUCCCUUUAAUCACCAUGCAUCACCAUUGAGAGUUUUGGUCACAGAUUGAAGAACCGCAUCUCAUUCUUUUUAUUAUUUUAAUUCCUGUGGCCUUUCGACAUUGCUAGCAGUGGUAGACUGCUUGUUACGCAACCUCUAUGAGGCAAUAUGUUGGAAGAUCCAAGGGACUGAACUAACAUGUGUAACAUUGCCAUGAUAAACUGCAGUGUUUACAUUUGGCCGAACAGUGCCUUUAGUGUCCCUACUAGGUUCUUUUUUUUUUUUUUUUUUUAAAUGGACACCCUAAUCAGCAGAACUACUGCUUCCUAAUGUAGCCAUCUUACUGCAUAGGCCAAGUCCCUGUAGUCUGAAAAAUUUAAAUAAUGAAGUUUUGUGAGAGAUGGCAAUGUUCACAUUUGUAAUUAAAGGACCACUAUAGUGCCAUGAAAACAUACCCUUUUUCUGGCACUAUAGUGCCCUGAGCUCCCCACCCAGUGCUGGAAAAAGGGAAGUUUUUACCCCUUUUUCUGGCACUAUAGUGCCCUGAGCUCCCCACCCAGUGCUGGAAAAAGGGAAGUUUUUACCCCUUUCCCCCACCCUCAGGGUCCCACUCCCGCCCGGCUCUGGAAGGGGGAAAGGGGUAAAAACUUCCCUUUUUCCAGCACUGGGUGGGGAGCUCUCCUCCUCCGAUCCUCCCUGUCUGAUGAAUGCGCACACGCAGCAGAAGCUGCGCGCGCAUUCAGCCGGUCGCAUAGGAAAGCAUUAUCAAUGCUUUCCUAUGGACGCUUGCGUGCUCUCACUGUGAUUUUCACAGUGAGAAUCACGCAAGCGCCUCUAGCGGCUGUCAAUGAGACAGCCGCUAGAGGCUUUGGGGGAAGGCUUAACCCAUUCAUAAACAUAGCAGUUUCUCUGAAACUACUAUGUUUAUUAAAGAAUGGGUUAAGCCUAGCUGGACCUGGCACCCAGACCACUUCAUUAAGCUGAAGUGGUCUGGGUGCCUAGAGUGGUCUUUUAAGGAUGCCUCUAUUAGCCAUGAAUCAUAUAGCAAAUAUGCUGUCACAUAUUGUCAUCACUCCCAACAUAAUCACUAACUCUGCUAAAACUCGCCGUAGAGAAGUAUUCGGGUAAUUCUGCUUGUGUGGAGAAUCUGACUGGUUCUGUUAAUUUAUUUAUUUGUAUGGCCUUUAGUCACACAGUGGUUUUCUGAUAAUCUCAGAGGAGGCGGAGCUGCCUUUUUAAAAAAACAUUUUUGGUAGGUUUAUUUAUAACAUUAAAAUUUCCUUGGAAGACUUUUUGAUAUUUUGAAGAGUCUUUAUGUUUGGCAUUAUCACACACAUCAGUAUGACACCAAGCGUAGCUAAUGCUUCCUAUAAAGAAGAGUUGCUUCCCAUAGUUCCCUGUGUGACACAUUAGGUUGGGGCAUUGCAGUGAUUGCCAUGCUUGCACUGUAGGACUGCAAUGCUAGAAAUCUGUUACUUCCAAUAGAGUUUACGGACCUAUGUAAUGUAUAUUUCAACUGGCACAUAUUGCACCUUGGUGCUUUAAACAUCCAGGUGUUUAAUGUUUAGGGGAUUUUACUAUAUUCACACGUGUUACAAACAUUGAAAUAUUCUAUAUUUAUUUCAUUAACAAUGUUUAUUAGAGAUUCAUUCUUUUACUUGUCUUAUAAAGUGUGCUGUUGGAUAAAGUUGAAGCAAGGUAAUCUUCUCCCAUUGUUGAAAAGCACUGACCUUUUUUUGUAAAUUGGUUGCAGGAUAAUCCCAGAAUCUCCCAGGUGGUUAAUCUCUCAGGCCAGAUUUGGGGAAGCAGAAGAUAUUAUACGGAAAGCAGCCAAGAAAAAUGGCAUCACACCGCCAGAAACCAUAUUUAAUUUAACAGAGGUAAUUUCAUAUUUUUUUCAUGAUUAACCCUUAAAUGUACAAUCUAACCACAAUAACCAAUACAGAGCACUUUAGUGAUUCUGGUGGUAAGAGCCCUUCUUUUUGAACAGUACGACAUUUAUCGGAGUCUUAUGGCUGAUGCACUCAGCCAACAAAUAAUAUCCAAAUAUGGACAAAUUUGAUAACCGCUAACGCCUUGGUCAGAUUUUAUCACAAUGCCACCACGGCUUAAAGGACCACUCUAGGCACCCAGACCACUUCAGCUUAAUGAAGUGGUUUGGGUGCCAGGUCCAGCUAGGGUUAACCCAUUUUUUUUUUUUUUAUAAACAUAGCAAUUUCAGAGAAACUGCUAUGUUUAUAAAUGGGUUAAUCCAGCCCUCAAAUCCUCUAGUGGCUGUCUCACUGACAGCCGCUAGAGGCGCUUGCGUGAUUCUCACAGUGAAAAUCACAGUGAGAACACGCAAGCGUCCACGCAAGCGACCGGCUGCGCGUGCGCAGUGAGCCGGAAGGGAAGGGAUGAGAGGAGGAGGAGGAUCGGAGGCGGAGAGCUCCCCGCCCGGCGCUGGAGAAAGGUAAGUUUUAACCCCUUUCCUCUCCCCAGAGCCCGGCGGGAGGGGGUUCCUGAGGGUGGGGGCACCCUCAGUGCACUAAAGUGCCAGGAAAAAGAGUAUGUUUUCCUGGCACUAUAGUGGUCCUUUAAGGGAGGUCAGCCCCAGGCACGUUGCUAGUGGCUCUGUAGCCACUGGAGCAUAAACGUCCCCAGUAUUAAUGUUUUAUCUUUCUCUGAUUUGGAUAUCAGUCAGGUUCACUAGUCAGUCUUUUGAUACCAACAGAUUUCCAAAAGCAAUGCAUGCAAAACACGGUACAAUUUUAGCUAUUCACAACUGUGUCUUCAUGGGUUAGUAUGUAUGUGUCAGCAUGGGUGUGUGUGUAUAAAAUACAGAUUAAGGUACAGGGCACACUAAAUAUAAAUAUACGCAGAAUAUAAAAAUUACCAUGACACACAUGCAUAAAUCUGGCUCUGGCUAAAGCGGAAUGGGAACUUUUGCUGUAGCAAUAUUAUAAAAGAUGGGAAGGACAUCUAAGCAUCUGGAUGACCUUGGUAAGGGUCAAAUCCUCUAAGAAUGGUUUUACUAUUUACUGUGGGAUGGCAUCAGUGGACUUCAGGCAUCUAGCAUGGUAACUGCUGAAGUGGUCUGUUUUACUUAUGGUGCUUAGUCUACCCUUUAAAUAUUGUAAAAUAAAAAAGUUAUCUUUUAUUUGUUUUUUGUUUUUUAGAGGUGCAUUUAUAAAACUAAAAGAUCAAAAUCAUGAGAUUUUCAGCUUUUGUCUUUGGGGAUUUGGCAUGGAGCUACCAGUAUUCGAGAUAUGUUACAUAGCUGAAAAGAGACUUGCGUCCAUCAAGUUCAGCCUUCCUCACAUUUGUUUUUUGCUGUUGAUCCAAAAGAAGGCAAAACAAAACAGUUUGAAGCACAAUUUUGCAACAAGCUAGGAAAAAAAAUCCUUCUUGACCCCAGAAUGGCAGUCAGAUUUAUCCUUGGAUCAAGCAGUUAUUACCCUACAUUGAAAGAUUAUAUCCUUGAAUAUUCUGUUUUUGCAAGUAUGCAUCUAGUAGCUGUUUGAACAUCUGUAUGGACUCUGAUAAAACCACAUGUGUAUAUGUAAACCGUGUGUGUGUGUGUGUAUAUAUUAACUGAAAGUUUUAGACAAGUGAUCCUAUAGAAACAUUAAUUUUGUAAAACGCAUACCUAGUCUCAUUCAAUAUUUAUAUUGUAUUCUGUCUAUCUUUUUAAUACCAUAAUUGAUCUUUUUAGGUAUGAAAUUGACUUUUAAAAUAAAUUAUAGCUGUUAAAAAUUCAUAACUGUUACUUUUUAUUUUUUUAAAGAAAUAAAAUAAGUAACCCCAGCCCUUUAAGUCUGCCCUCCAUGUAAUGUAAGCAUUAUUAUUACAACCUGCAUACCUACAUUUAUUGUGCAUUAACAAAACUCCCCAAAGUGUGCUGUAUUUGUUAUUGUGCUUUGCGUAUUUUAGGAGCUUUAGGUUUGUGUCCUUUAUAAUACUUGUGAUAUGUGGAUAAUGUGGCUAAAAUCCUUAUCAGGCUCAAUCAAUCAUUAGAUGAGGUUGAUUACUUAUAUCCCACAUAAGCCGUUAAACAAGUGUUUGCCUCACUGUCACAUGACAUCCAUUUUAAUACCCACCAGCUUCAGCCAAACAGUAACUGAGCAUAAUAGGAACUAAAAUCCAGCAGAGGCAUGCAAUUUCUUACUCAUUUUAUUGGAACCUAAAUACCCAACAGAAUAUACUGGUGUAAUAGAAAUAGUAUCCGCACAAAAAACCUGAGCAGACUAAAAAAAAAAAAUUAAAAAACAAUCACUAUACCCGUGGUGUUCUCACCCCCCCCGUCCCAUAGUGUUCUCCCUCCCCUUUCCCGUCGUGUUCUCCCUCCCCUUUCCCGUCGUGUUCUCCCUCCCCUUUCCCGUCGUGUUCUCCCUCCCCUUUCCCGUGUGUUCUCCCUCCCCUUUCCCGUCGUGUUCUCCCCCUUUUCCAUUAGUAUUCUCCCUCCCCUUUCCGUCGGUAUUCUCCCUCUCCCUUUGAUCGUGUUCUCCCUCCCCCUUUUUCCGGUAGACUCUCCCUCCCCUUUUCCGUCGUGUUCUCCCCUUUUCCGUCGUGUUCUCCCUCCUUUCCCGUGCGUGCCUCCCCUCCCCUUUCCGUCGUGUUCUCACCCUCCCCUUUCCGUCGUGUUCUCCCCCCACCUCCCCUUUUCCGUGGUGUUCUCCCCCCCACCCUCCCUUUCCGUCGUGUUCUCCUCCCCCACCUCCCCUUUCCGUCGUGUUCUCCUCCCCCACCCUCCCCCCGGUCGUGUUCUCCCCCCCCACCCUCCCCUUUCCCUUUCCGUGGUGUUCUUCCCCCCCACCCUCCCCUUUCCGUGGUGUUCUUCCCCCCACCCUCCCCUUUCCCGAUGGUGUUUCUUCCCCCCACCCUCCCGCUCCAGUCGUGUUCUUUCCCCAUUGUGUUUUCCCCCCCCACCCUCCCUUUCAGUGGGUGUUCUCCCCACCCUCCCCUUUCCGUGGUGUUCUCCCCACCCUCCCCUUUCCGUCGUGUUCUCCCCUCACCCUCCCCUUUUCCCGUGCGUGUUCUCCCCCCGCCCUCCCUUUUCCCUGUUCUUUACCUCCCUUUCCGUCGUGUUCUUCCCCCCCCACCUCCCCAUUCCAUGUUGUGGUUUUCCCCCACCCUCCCCCAUUUCCGUGCGUGUUUUCCCCCUCCCACCCUCCCAUUCCCGUCGUGUUCUCCACACCACCCCGUCUCUAGUGCAGUAUUCUUGACUUUUAAUGUUAUUAUUACUAUCUUUCAUUGUGAUAUAUAAUCAUCUGAAUUGUCAAUGCAAGCAUGUCUGUUAAAAUAUGCACUACAAAAAAAAAAUAUAUGCAAAUUUGACCCGUUUUCCGCCGAAAUGGGAUAGGCCCGUUUCCACCGAAAAUUUCAGCAGCCGAUAUUUCGGUGCAUUCCUACCGCAUUCAAACACAUCCCUGCAUUUAUACUCCAACACUGCAUACAAAUGCACGCCUGCAUUUAAAUGCUGACCGUACAUACAAACUUCCACAUUCAUACACACAUACUCCGUACAAAAAAAUGCUUACGUACAAGGAACUCUCUACAUCGGUUCUGCCACGGAGAGUGACACAUUCAGUAAAAAAAAAUGUAAAGCUAUUUUCUGUAUUAAUGUACAUCAUUGUGUACAUCUGCAUGGCACAGUGCUCUAUGUGAAGUGUACUCCAGCUGUUGCCUAUGGUAACAGUUAAAUGCAUGACUGGAUGAACCUUAUAGUGGACCCAGUCCGUAACUGCUGAAAUCGUUGUUGUGGAACAUAUAAUCGGAAGAAUAGUUUGUCACUAACUAAUCUGCUCGUUGAUCGACUUUGUACUCUUCCCCCCUUCUGCCCCCCCACUCACACCCUGAAGAAACAUGUUUGUUUGUAAUGCUGUGCAUUAUACCAUUAAACUGUAAUGCAUUGAUUUUCUUUUAAUAUAUAGUCAGACAAAGUUCAUUGAUGGGCUACACAAAUGAUAAAAGUAAUGGAGCGACCUAUUUAAAUCUCUCCAGUUUAGAAUAAUUGUGCAUCUGUUGGGAUAUGAUCGCAUUAUACAAAUCUGUUCCGGGCCAAUACAAACCAUUGUCUGUAAAUCUGUUGAUAAACUGAACUAUACAUAGGACAGGAGGUCAUGCAUUUAGACUGGAAGAAAGGAGAUUUAGUCUAAGGCAAAGGGUUUUUUACAGUCAGAAGAAUAAGGAUAUGGAAUUAUCUGCUUGAAAAUGUUUUUUUUUUAAUUUAUUUUUUUUAGUCUAUACAGAUGUUUAAACAGCGAUUGGAUAAAUACUUGCAAAAACAUAAUAUUUAGGAAUAUAUUUUUUAAUUGGUGGGAUAAUAGCUUCUUGAUUCAAGGAGAUAUCUGACUGCCAUUCUGGGGUUAAGAGGGAUUUUUGUCCUAGUUUGUUGCAAAAUCUGAUGCUCUUCAGACAGUUUUUUUUUUUUCUUUCUUCUGGAUCAACAGGAAAAACAAAUGUGAGAGAGCUGAACUUAAUGGACGCAUGUUGUGACGGAGCUCCUUGUACACUGGAUGGGUACCUCCAUCAAGCUUGCUUACUAGCAGCCACAGGGCAACACCUGGAACACUUCUGCCCCAGUUGCCGCAGCUUGUCUGGGGUCUUUCGGGAGCUUUUCCACCCUUGAUCAGAUAGUGAUUAGGCUCUCUUGCAGAGUGUAUAGCAGUCUCACCCAAAUACUAGCCAAAUUUUGGGCCCUCGAUUUGUUUAUUGUGCCAAUUACCUUCUAUUUAGUUUAUUAUCUCCUGGCUUUUUAUAUUUUGAUAUUUGUCUACUUCAAAGAAAUCCUAGGUGGGGAUUAUUCCACCAACGCUUUAUUCAAAGUGCAGUUAGCCUGCUCUACCUUUGUCGGUGUGUGUGCGCCUCUCAGUGAGUGAAUGUGUGUGUGUCAGUGUUUUGUCAGUGAACGUGCAUGUUGGUUAAAUUACUGUGCAUGUGUUGGUGAGUGUAUAUCAAUGCAUACAUCAGUGAGGUGUGUCUGUCAGUCAAAGUGAAACAAACAUGAAGGGGUGGGGUGAUUUUUAGAUUAGGGGGGUGCCCGAGUUUUGUCAUGCCUAGGGCAGCCCAAAUGUAAAAUACACCACUGCAUUACACAGAAGAGAAAUGGCGAACAGGUGCUUUGAAAAGUACCCACACGUCUUUAGAAGGCAUAGCAUUCUGACUUAGGGAACUAGAUGGUUGCCAGUGGUCUAUACAUUCGUUCGUAAUUGUGCAAGCACAAGCUUUACAUGAUAAAAGCACUUUUCAUUAUAAGCUAUUCAUCCUUUAUGUAUAAAUAUAAAGUUUUAUGUACUCUGUACUGAUAAGAUGGUUAUUUGGAAACCUGUGCAGAAUACCUAAUUAAGUGCCUUACCUACAAUUUCUAAUUCUUAUGUUUUAGUUGGAGUAUCUGAAGGAGCAGGCUCCCAAGGGCCACACGUUUCUUGACCUGUUGAAGACUAGGAAUAUUCGCCUAAUAACCUUUUUAUCUAUUAUGCUUUGGUAAGUAAUAGCAAUACAAGGGAGGAAAAGUGGUAAACAAUAAAACAGUGUCUCACAAGCUGGGUUACAAUUUAGGAGUUUAAAAAUGCUUCACAUCUAUAGUUCUGUGGUAAGUAUGCUACUUAAUGUAGUAACAAUUUAUUGGGGUUUGGGUGAGGAGGCCAUUUCUUUGCUGCCUACAUUGACUGCCCAAGUAUUUAACAUUAAAGGAUCACUAUAGUGUCAGAAAAAAAAAAUUCUUUUUCCUGACACUAUAUAAUCCUUAGGGCCCUCCUCCCGCUGGGCUGCGAUUUUUGCAUUGAUCGCCGGGAAAGCGCCUCUAGCAGCUGUCAGGAAGACUGCCACUAGAGGCUGGAUUAACCCUGCAAUGUAAACAUAACAGUUUCUGUGAAACUGCUAUGUUUACAUCUGAAGGGUUAAAACCUGGGGGACCUGGCACCCAGACCACUUCAUUGAGCUGAAGUGGUCUGGGUGAAUAUAGUGGUCCUUUAACAUUUCUUAUCGAUCACCUUUAAAAUAAACUGUAUGGCAAAUUAUUAUUUUACAAUAAUCCCAUCUGACUGUGUGCUUUUAUUUAAUUUUGUAUACUUGUUACAGUUAGUCACAAUAUUUUUUUUUUCCUACUUCUUCAGGAUGAUCAUAUCAGUUGGAUACUUUGGUUUGUCUCUCAAUACACCCAAUUUGCAUGGGGACCCUUAUGUUAACUGCUUUCUGUCAGCCAUUAUUGAAGUUCCUGCAUACAUAAUAGCAUGGCUGCUGCUCCGAAGCUUCCCUCGCAGAUACUCCACAUCAAGUACACUGUUUUUGGGUGGUGUUGUUCUUCUGUUUCAGCAAUUGGUGCCUCCAGGUUUGAUAUUUUCAGAUUUCAUUCAGAUAUUUAAAUGUACUCUAUGAAGGAUGCUUCAAUAAGCCUUUAAUUUUGUUUUCAUAAUCUCAAGUGCUACAAAUAAUUUCUAUUACUUUCCUCUGAGUAACCGCAUUUUAAAGCCAUACUUAUCAGUGACCUUUUUAUACAAAGAAUUAAAGGAACAUUAUAGCAUUAGGAAUUUGUAUUCCCAACACUAUAGUGCCCUAGUCGCCGUUUAGGAAACACCGAAAAGUAAAUCAGAAUGAAGCAUGGAAAGAGUUUUCCAUGUAAAAUCUGAUAAAUGUGUUGUCAGAGUAGACCAUUUUCAUUGAAAAGGUUAUGAAAUCUAGCAUAUAUACAAGUGUAUACCAAGGAAAUGUAAAUGGACUGGAUUCUAUCCAGUGUGAUCCUUGUUUGCAGUUAGCACGCUCCUUCCUCUAGGGUAAACAACAUGUGCAAUCUUUUGGUUUUAACAUAAUCCAGGCACUUUAUUGGUAAAUCCGCUCAGAAGGCAGCAAUACAACUAAACAAUAAUGUAACAGGUUUCCCUUUAAACAAAAUCCUAGCUCGUCUGAGCACUGACUGACUUUUCAUUCCCUAUCUGUCAAGGGUUUAAACUAACCAAACACACAGGUUUCACCAACCUUAUCUUGUCUCCUUUUUUUCUGCACUCCAUUGUUUAGUGGCAAAAAACAAACAAUCUGUUGCUUCCAACCUCCCCAAGAGAAACAAAAAUCUCUCCUUACCUGCCUAGCAGAGAGGGAUCUAUUCCCACUGCUGCAGCUGAUUACCUGGACUUUAUUUCUCUCAGUUGUUUAAAAACUGAGGAGUGGAGCUCCAGCCCGCCCUACUCUCCAAAUACUCCACCCCAGGGGCCCAUAAAUAAACAUUAAGUUGUGUUGCAUACAACACAUACAAUGUGUUACAAUUGCCUCUCUGAGGAAAUUAGCAGAAAUAUAAACAUCAUCACAUACCACACCAUUCACUUUAUCACACCGGUUAGGAAGGACUAACUUUUUACAGAGUGACAAUAGUCUAGAGCAGUGGUUCCUAAACCAGUCCUGAAGGCACGCCUACCAGUGCAGGAUUUAGGGAUUACCCAGCAUUGUCAAGGUGUGUGGUGUGUGUUUUUUUUUUUGUUUGUUUGUUUGUUUGUUUUUUCUAAAUUACCUUAGGCCCAGAGGGUAGUGCUCUUUCACCUCUUGGAAUUUGACUUGUUCCACUUCUGUUGAAAUAUGAAAGACAGCCCAUGCAGAAGUAAGACAUAAUUUGAGUUCUAAAACCUUUUCACUGCCGCAUGAUCACAUUUAAGAGCAAGAACUAUCUGAAGUGAAUGUAAUGUUAAUCCUUUAAUAUUGGCAAAAAAUGAGCUCUGUGCAAUAAUUUAAGGACACCUCUACGGAGGAAGAGGAAAGUAAAUAUUUUUUGUGAAAGGGACAACUGAUAUUAAAGUAUGCAUUUCAAAUUGAGAAAUUCUGCCCAGGCCCCUAUUAAUUGGAACACUCAAGCUGAAAACAGCAGGUAAUCUCAUUUAAAGAUGCUGUAGAGCAGAGAUAGGCAACCUUUGGUGAUCCAAGUGAUUGGUGACUACACCUCUGUGAUGCUUUGCCAGCAUUAGGACUGUAAAACCAUUAUGGGAGAUGUAGUCCACAUCAUCUGGAGUGCCAAAAGUGCCUAUCCCUCCUGAAGAGAAUGAUGAUCCAUCUUAUUCAUAAAGUCAGAAGGGGGUAAUUGAGUAAAACAUCAUUAGAGAAUGUCCUAAAGUAAAACAUCCAUUCUAUAAACUGUCAUGGGUGACAAAUGGAGACACAGUCUGAAAAUUCCCCAUAUGUUAUAGGACAAGGGAGGUCUAAGUGUAAAAAGUUAAGUAAUUUCGUAAGGCUUUCUUUAGGCUUUGAGUUUUACAGGAGGAUUGGCAGCCUGGAAGACAUUUUACAAUGCAAUGGAGACAUGCAGUUGGAGUCCUGUUCAUAUUUUAUUGCAUCCCACAUAAUCCACAUCGCAUGUGAAUCCUAAAUAAAUAAUAUUCAUUUAUGCGUCACAAGUAGUAUGGAUUACAUUGCCAUGACUGUAAUACAAUUCUGAUACUCUGUAUAAAAGCAUGAUGGCUAACUUUUUGUACUCCAACUUUUGCAAGCAAUUCUUUCUAACAUUUUCAAGCAGUCAUCCUUGUGGCUAAGCUUCAUAUGAAACAUAUUACAUAUCUACUACACUAUAUAGAGUGAAAUAACAGUAUUGACUUAUGUGCAGACUAAUAGGAUCACUCACCUGGUUUAUGAUUCUUCACAGAGCUUGGGAUCCUGUCCAUUGUGCUGGUCAUGCUGGGGAAGUUUGGCGUCACGUCUGCUUUCUCCAUGGUCUAUGUCUACACUGCCGAGCUCUACCCAACCGUAGUGAGAAACAUGGGUGUUGGCGCCAGCUCGAUGGCUUCCCGUUUGGGCAGCAUCAUAUCGCCUUAUUUUGUUUACCUUGGUGAGUCACCAUUUUUCAAAUUCUGUAUAUUUACACAUUUUAUAUUUAUUUUUGUUGUUCAACCUUCACAGAAAUAUUUGGUGAAUUUAAAGCUUUAAAUAUAAUGUGCAGUAUUUCAAAAAGGUUUUUACAUAUAUGUAUAAAAGUAAAAAUGCAGGGUACUUUUUCUUCUAUACAAAGGUGUGACUAAAAUGGAUAAAUAUGCUCAAACACCCUCCUUAAUGAGACCGUAUUACUGGAUACAGUUGCAAGAAAAAGUAUGUGAACCCUUUGGAAUGAUAUGGAAAUCUGCACAAAUUGGUCAUAAAAUGUGAUCUGAUCAUCAUCUAAGUCACAACAAUAGACAAUCACAGUCUGCUUAAACUAAUAACACACAAAGAAUGAAAUGUUGCCAUGUUUUAUUGAACACACCAUGUAAACAUUCACAGUGCAGGUGGAAAAAGUAUGUGAACCCUUGGAUUUAAUAACUGGUUGAACCUCCUUUGGCAGCAAUAACUUCAACCAAACGUUUCCUGUAGUUGCAGAUCAGACGUGCACAACGGUCAGGAGUAAUUCUUGACAAUUCCUCUUAACAGAACUGUUUCAGUUCGGCAAUAUUCUUGGGAUGUCUGGUGUGACUCGCUUUCUUGAGGUCAUGCCACAGCAUCUCAAUCGGGUUGAGGUCAAGCCUGGGCCACUUCAGAAGGCAUAUUUUCUUCUGUUUGAGCCAUUCUGUUGUUGAUUUACUUCUAUGCUUUGGGUCAUUGUUCUGUUGCAACACCCGUCUUCUGUUGAGCUUCAGCUGGUAGACAGAUGGCCUUAAGUUCUCCUGCAAAAUGUCUUGAUAUUGUCAUUUUUCCUUCGAUGAUAGCAAUCCGCCCAGGCCCUGACGCAGCAAAGCAGCCCCAAACCAUGAUGCCGCCGCCACCACCACACUUCACAGUUGGGAUGAGGUUUUGAUGUUGGUGUACUGUGCCUUUUUUUUGCCACACAUCUUCCAAACAACUCAACUUUGGUUUCAUCUGUCCACAGAAUAUUUUGCCAGUACUGCUGUGGAACAUCCAGGUGUUGUUGUGCAAAAUGUAAACGUACAGCAGUGGCUUCCUCUGUGGUAUCCUCCCAUGAAAUCCAUUCUUGUUUAGUGUUUUACGUAUUGUAGAUUCGAUAACAGGGAUGUUAGCAUUUGCCAGUGACUUUUGUAAGUCUUUAGCUGACACUCUAGAAUUCUUCUUCACCUCAUUGAGCAGUCUGCGCUGUACUCUUGCAGUCAUCUUUACAGGACGGCCACUCCUAGGGAGAGUAGCAGCAGUGCUGAACUUCCUCCAUUUAUAGACCAUUUGUCUUACUGUGGACUGAUGAACAGCAAGGCUUUUGGAGAUACUUUUAUAACCCUUUCCAGCUUCAUGCAAGUCAACAAUUAUCUACAAAAAUCGUAGGUCUUCUGAGAUCUCUUUUGUGCGAGGCAUCAUUCACAUCAGGCAAUGCUUCUUGUGAAAAGCAAACCCAGACCUGGUGUGUGUUUGUUUUUUGGUUUUUGUUUUUUUUUAUUAUAGGGCAGGGCAGCUGUAACCAACACCUCCAAUCUCAUCUCAUUGAUUGGACUCCAGUUGGCUGACAUCUCACUCCAAUUACCUCUUGGAGAUGUCAUUAGUCUAGGGAUUCACAUACUUUUUCCACCUGUACUGUGAAUGUUUACAUGGUGUGUUCAAUAAAAACAUGGCAACAUUUCAUUCUUUGUGUGUUAUUAGUUUAAGCAGACUGUGAUUGUCUAUUGUUGUGACUUAGAUGAUGAUCAGAUCACAUUUUAUGACCAAUUUGUGCAGAAAUCCAUAUCAUUCCAAAGGGUUCACAUACUUUUUCUUGCAACUGUAAAUCAUGCCUCUGCAAUCUCACUGCUCAGUUCUCUGCCACUUAGGAGUUAAAUCACUUUUGUUUCUGUUUAUGGAGCCCUAGCCACACUUCCACAGCCUGCUUAAAAAUUGGUUUCAUUUUCAAUCAGAUAUUAACUUGCUUUAGAAGUUAAUCACACACAGGCGGCUCCUGUGUGAUCUAGCAAGCUAUAAACAGACAGAAAAUAAGAAUUUUUAAAUUAAACAGAAUGUGCAGUAAAGGAAGUUUAAACAGUACAUCUCUUUACAGGAUGUGUUUAGGAAAGCUGAAUAAGUAAUAUGCAGGGUAGUGUGACUAGGGCUGCAUAAACAAAUUGAUUAAACUCCUAAAUGGAGGAGAAGUGGGUUUUUUGUGUUUUUAUAAUACACAAAUUGCACUGCAUGUGUUAAAGGCAAUUGUAAGACUUGGUUUCCAUGGUGAUUGUUUGACCUUUAGAACUGUUGAUGUGAUGUGUUUGGUUUUUGGGAUUUUUUUAUUUUUUUUGUCCAUUUUAAAGGACUACUAUCGACGCCCAGACCACUUCAGCUCAAUGAAGUGGUCUGGGUGCCAGGUCCCUCUAGUUUUAACCCUGCAGCUGUAAACAUAGCAGUUUCAGAGAAACUUCUAUAAUUACAUUGAGGGUUAAUCCAGCCUCUAGUGGCUGUCUCACUGACAGCCACUAGAGGCCCCCUCCACGAUUCUCAAUGCGAAAAUUGUAUGUGGAUGUCCAUAGGAAAGCAUUGAGUAAUGCUUUCCUAUGAGCGGUUUGAAUGCACACGCAGCUCUUGCUGUGCAUGCGCAUUCGGAGCCGACUUCGGCAAGGCGAGGAGAGGUCAGCAGCGCCAAGGAAGCCCAGCACUGGAUUAAGGCAAGGGACUGAAGGGGUUUUAACCCCUUCAGCCCAGCGUGAGGGGGGCCAUGUGGGUGGGGGGGACCUAAUAACCCUAUAGUGCCAAGAAAACAAGUUUGUUUUACUGGCAUUAUAGUGCUCGUUUAAUAACCACAUGCCACAGUUACCUUUUUUACCACUUAUAAAUAACCACUAAGUAUUUCCAUGGGUUACACUAGAUUGUUGAUGUCAUAUUUGGAGUUUUAUGAACUUUACAUAUAUCUUACCAGUAUUUUACUUUUUUCUUUCCAGGUGCCUAUGACCCACAUCUGCCUUUCAUCCUUAUGGGAAGCCUCACAGUCCUUAUUGGUAUAUUUACAUUGUUUCUCCCAGAAAGCUAUGGUAUGCCUUUGCCAGAUACCAUUGAAGAGAUGCUCAGAGUAAAAGGGUGAGUACAGAUUUCUCAUUUCCCUUUAAUUCUUUGUUGUAGAGCUUUAAGUUCCAUCUCUCCAUUUUGCUAGCCAAAAAGCAUGUACCUGUAGGUCACAUCCGAAAAAACAAUUAUGAACAAAUAGAUGAAUUUCCCCCUGUUUAAGCACUCAUUUCUGGUGCUCCUGUUGAGAGGUUCACACAGGGUCAUUCACUAGACUUUUCCUAAUUAAAUCCAAAUGUAAAACAUUAGGCUGAAGUAGCUGAUUUUCAUUGAAGUCACAGCUUUGGUAUUUUAGCCUUCAUUUUGCACAUUGCCUUUUAAUAGAACACUCUGGACACCAUAUGAACUUCAUCUCAAUUAAGUUGUUACGGCGCAAGGAGGUCAUGGGCACCAUCUCCACUUAAGAAGUUAUACAAUUUUUAUUUCCAAAAUUGAAAAGAUGUGCCCGUCUCUACUACCUCUCUUUCCUGUGAUCCAAGGCUUCAGUGAGAAAGGUACCUUUCUCACCCAGUUUCGUGAAUGGAAGUGACAGGCUGGGAGUGUCCGCUAACUCUUUCAGCCUAUCUGCGGCAUCCAGGACGAGGCUUCCUCACUGAAACCUCAAACCAUCCCUGGAAGGAGAGGAGUAGAAAGGACAAGCGCAGUCUUAGCAAGGUAUGAAGGCGCAGAUAACUUCCUGGCACCAUUGACAAGAAGUUAUGGCGCCCAGAGUGUUCCUUUCAUUUGAUAAAAUCUGAUUUUAGUGAAUAACUUGGACAGCUGCUUAGGUCUUCAGGUAAACCUAACUUUUACUUUAUACACUUAGCUGUCAUUUUCAUGGCACAUUCUAUGAAUACUUGAAGUUGACUUUGGUCAGGUGUCUUGUUGAUGAUAAAGCACUUAAAGGGCAUUGCGGCAUGCAUUAGAUCACCAAAAUAGUCACUUUGCAAGUCUCCUCCUAUUUAUAUGUACACAUGUGUACAUUUAUAUUAUUGUAGAAAUGCUUUAUAUUGAUUUUUAUUAUUUUUAUAUGAAUUAUUUUUAGAAUUUUAUCAUGGAUUGAUUUUCUGUCACUGAAACUGUGACACCAUUUACAAAUGGGCUGCUUCAACAGCAAAUGAUUUAUUUAUGUUGCUAUAAGGUGCUGUUGAUAAUGAAUGACUAAGCAAAAAAAUUAAAUGCCCAUUUUUCUCUUAAUCGAUUAGUUUGUUGUGUUCUUUUGUGUACAAAGUGUAUAGAUUUUCAUGGUGUUCUACAGUGCAGUGGAGUCAUUAUCGUGAGGUGUAAGUCGGAGGAAUUAUUGUGGUACUGGAGUCAAAAUCGGUAAAAAAUGUAUUUCACAAAAUGUACUGUAAAUGCGUGUAUGUCUCCUCCCCAAAAAAUAGAAAUGUAAUAUCUGGUCUAUUUCCCAGAUACGUUGACCCUCAAAAUAAUGUGCCUGCAUAUACAUAGUUAAAUAGUAAACUAUUUUGAAAAAAGGAUUGAAGUCCACAAAGUAAUACCUGGAAAACACAUUCUUUUAUGCUGAUUUAAAAUAAGGCAAAAACCUAAAUUGUAGCAAUUUUUAAUAAUGUUACAAAAGGGGGUCUGGGAGGAGAGGGGUAAACUCCUUGUUAAAGGGACACUGUAGGCACCCAGACCACUAUACCUAAUUGAAGUGGUUGGGGUGCUGUGCCCCUUUUGCACCUAGUGCUGCAAUGUAAAACAUUGCCGUUCCAGAGAAAGGCAAUGUUUACAUUGCAGCUCUAAGUCUGCCUUUUGUGGCUAUCAGACAGCUACAAGAGGGCUUCCGGAAUCCAAACAGACUUUUGGUCCGUUAUCUGACGCUCUGCAUGAGGACCUCCAGCGUCAGAUUUUACCCAUAGGAAAGCACUGAUGCUUGCCUAUGGGGGGGGUCUAAUGCGCGUGCAGCAUUGCAGCGCAUGCGCAUUAGACCCUGCUGUUUGCGGGACGGAAGAGGGGGUGGAGCUUCAACCCAGCGCAGAGCGUCACCGGCACUGGGAUCAGGUAAGUAAAUAAAGUGUUUUAAACCCUUUAUUUACUGGGGUGGGGGGUGGGUGCGAGGGAAGGAGGAGGCAGAGGGAUCGGUAGUGCCAGGAAUACAACUUUGUAUUCCUAUCACCACAGUAUCCCUUUAACUGCACAAUGUCAAUCUGAUAUCUCAACGACCCAUUUUAGUAAAAAACAAACAAAAAAAACACCAUGGCCCUAUCUAUAGAAUCUGAUGAUUAGGUAGAGAGUUUCACAACUUUAUUGUUCUUACUGUACAGAACCUUUUCGCUACUUUAACCCCUUAAGGACACAUGACGUGUGACAUGUCAUGAUUCCCUUUUAUUCCAGAAGUUUGGUCCUUAAGGGGUUAAGCAAAAUGCAUUUCUUCCAUAUCUGUUGUAAAGUCUUGGGGGGGAAAAGAAAGUGGUAUCUUUAGAUUCUAUGGUUUUACAUAUCAGGACAUUAUAACAAUCAUCUAUUCCUUAGGUUGUUACAUGAAUUAACAGCCUAGGAUGAACAACACAUGACCUAUUACACCAUGUCAUGAUUUAUUUAACAAAAAUAAGGUUUAAAUUCGCUACUUAAAUAGCUUGCAUUAUCUAUAGAUACGGCCAGGGUGUAGUCAAGGAUAUAAUUAAAAUGUGUGUUAACGCAUUCUUGAGAAACAGGAUUGCCAUUAUGCAGUUAAGUUAUUUUUGUUAAAUAUAUCAUGACAUAGUAUAAUAUGUCAUGUGUUGUUCAUCUGAUGUUGUAUUUACCUAAUUUUAAGCCCUUCUAAGGAACAGAUUAUUGAUUAUGUCCGGUUAUGUAAAACUAUAGAAUUAAAGAAAGAGAGUACUUUCUUUUCCCCAUGACUGUUGUAACGGACCGUUUUGCACACAAGAGGUUAAAAACCGUUUAGGCGAUAUUCCACUUUCAGAUGCACAGACAGCUACUGCAAUCACCAAUCUCCCGAACUGCAAACUACACGAAUUCUCCAACUCCCGAACAGGAAACUCACGAAUACUGGAAACAGCUGAACAGGAAAAACCAUACGAAAGGUUUACACUCCUGGCAGUCAGCAUACAAUCCAAUUCCCCCAAUAACGAGACGACACUUUGUUUGAGGGUUAAGCAGAAUCUGGUUUACUGGGGCUAACUGCCCGGCUUUUAUGCAGGUCUCCCACCUGGUGGACACUCCCCUAGGGGACCAGAUGGGAGACUGGGACACAAAGGGUACAAGCACCAAUCACAGACUUACACAUUUCUUUUUUCAAUUGACAAUUUUUAUUGUUUUUUUUCGCAGUUAUCAGUGGGGUACAGAAGAGAAAUGGGGAAGGGGGAAUACCAACAGGUGUUGAAGACAUGGUAUAAUCAUUACAUUGUAUUGUGCUCCUUCUUAGCAAUGCUAUGGUAUAGUGUUCCAUUCACAAAUAAACUCAAAAUUCUACCUCGUCUAACAUUACUUCCUUGCGCCCUCCUUUGUGAUUCGUGGGUUGGUGGAGGGGAGGGGGGGGGUAAACCUAUGUACACGUGUGGGAUUUCGUUGUCUAUGUAUUUUCCUACUUUAUCCUUCUACAUGUGUGUAAGCUCGUGGUGGGAGCUCUUAAUGUAAGCUCUUUACGUGAGCUCUGUUGUGGGCUCUCGAUGUGAGCUCUCUCCCUAAUAUUCUUUUCCUCCGUAUCUCACUGGCCGGUCCUCAGCGCUCUUACAGGACCUAUUGGUGUGCAGCUUCGGCUGCCUGAGGUUUUACCGUGUUCCAAUAUGUGUCCCAGAUGCGACCUGCCUCUGUAGUGGCACCCUUCUUGUCUAGCUGGCGGGCCGCCAUGUAUUCGUAUUCCCAGUUCAGUUGGAUUUGUGCUAACAGACUGGCUUUUGUGGGGGCUGAAUUAGAUUUCCAUUGUUUCGCUAUGAGAUUACAAGCUGGCAUUAUCGUGUGGAAUAGAAGUUUGGCAUGUACCUUGGAUAUGUCCUCUGGCCACAUGUACAAUAGGCACAUUGCCGGCGUCAAGGUUACUUUUAUAGGUAAUAGCUGAUCUAUGAUGUCGUUCACUACCUUCCAGUAGGGCCGAAUAUCCCUGCACUCCCACCAUAUGUGUAGCAUUGAUCCCCUGUCCAUUCCACAUCGCCAACAUUGGGCCGAGGUGCCUGGGAAUAUAUGUGCUAGCCUCGUUGGGACCAGGUACCACCUAUAUUGUAGUUUCCUUAUUUGUUCAAGGUGCGUGACGCAUGUGGUCUUGCCUUUGUGGAUAGUGAAGGCUCCCGACCAUUGAUGCUCUGAGAAAGUGCAUCCUAGGUCUUUGUGCCAUGCCUGUUUGAAGUUGUCGGUAGAAUUAUGUGUACCAGUUAGUAACGUUCCAUAGACUCUUGAAAAGGUUCGUUUGUGUGGUUCCCUUGAGGCAACAUGCCUCGUAGUCGGACACCGCGGGUGUCCCAGGUGAGGGAGUGUGGUGUUGUAGCAUCGAUUUGAUCUGUAGGUAUGAAAAGAUUGCUCUAUUUGGUAUUUUGUACUGUGCUUGUAUGUCCGGGAACUGUUUAAGAGAGGAUCCUGUGUACAGAUCGUGUAUGUGCCUGCACCCUGCCUUUGUCCACGCCCUAUAGUCAAAUAUUGGGUUUCUCAGGUAUAUGCUAUACAUCGUUGAGGCAAGUGAUAGGUCUCCUGUACCGCUGAGGUGCGCUCUACUUGUAUCCCAUGUGUGCAGCAGUAGUUUUGUGGUUUCCAGCAUAUGGGGUGGUGCUGGUCUCAGGUGUUUUGGUACCCAGAAUAGAUUGUGCAUCCCAGCUCUGCACGACUCAUGGGUUUCAAUAGCUACCCAUUGUGGUGGGUUGUCUACCCUGUGUGCCACGGCCACCGUGGAUAGAAGCGCCGCCUUAUAGUAUAGUCUGAUAUCUGGGAAACCCAUGCCCCCUUUCUCUAUUGGCUUUUUGAUCGUGGAGAGUGCUACUCUAGGAGUUUUAUUUGCCCAUGUGAAUCGUGUGAUGGUUUUUUGUAACUUGGUCAUGUAGUGCCUAGGGAUGGGGAUCUGUAGUGAGCGGAAUAGGUACUGUAGUUUAGGUAACAGCGACAUUUUAAAAGCCGCUAUACGCCCGUGCCACGAGUGGAAGUCACUAUUCCACUUAUCGAGCGUCUGAGUUAUUUCGUGUGAUAGUUUCUCAUAGUUAUAUUUAUACAUUUGGUGGGUCGUCCUGGCUAAAUUGAUCCCUAAAAACUUUAUGUAAUCGUCCCUCCAGUCAAAGUUAAAAGAUUCCGUCAAGGUGUGGAGAGUCUGUCCCGGGAGAUGGAUUCCCAUUGCCUGUGUUUUUGUCAGGUUAAGUUUGUAAUACGAUACUUUGUUAUAGUCUUGUAUGCACUGAAGGAGGUUGGGUAUGGAUAUUUGCGGUUGUGUCAGAGUUAGGAGUAUGUCGUCCGCAAAGAGGCUGAGGGUGUACUCUCUGUCUCCCACUCGGACUCCGUGUAUCGCCGGAUGGGCCCUAAUCGUGGCAGCCAGAGGCUCUAGUGCCAGCACGUAUAACAGAGGGGACAACGGACACCCUUGUCUCGUCCCAUUUGUGAUUUCUAUUUGUUCUGAUACGAAUCCUGAGUUUAAGACCUGGGCCCUUGGCGCUGAGUAAAGCGCCCUCACCACUGAGAUGAAGCUCCCCGGGAUCCCAUAUCUCUUUAGGGCCGCCUCCAGAAAGCUCCAUCCCAGCCGGUCAAAGGCCUUUUCUGCGUCUAAUGAUAUCAGGACCCCCCCUGCCCGUGUUGUCUCCAGGCUCUGCAUAAGGUUUAGAACUUUUCUGGUGUUAUCUGCCCCCUGGCGCCCUGUUACAAACCCCACUUGGUCAUUGUGUAUAAUAUGUGGCAGUAUAGGCCCUAAUCUUAAUGCGUAGAGUUUGGCUAGAACUUUAGUGUCCGUGUUAAGAAGGGAUAUAGGGCGGAAGUUUUGCGGCUGUGUCGGAGGCUUACCCGGCUUAGGUAGGGUAAUAAUAUGGGCCAAUUGCAUUUCUCCCGGGAGGGUCUCUGUGCGUACUGCUUCAUUAAAUACUUCUGCUAGAUAGGGUGCUAAGAUAUCUUUAAAUGUCUUGUAGUACGAAUUUGCGAAUCCGUCAGGGCCUGGGGCCUUUCCUUUCGGUAAUGACCGUAUCGUAUCGCAAACCUCCUCUGGGGUAACUUGCCUAGAUAGUGUUUCUUGUUGCUGAGACGUUAAGGUCGGGAGAGUUGCUUUGUCUAAGUACUCCGUUAUGUUUGUAUCUGUUGGGGGGUGUAUAGUGGGGUCUCGUCGUAGGUUGUAUAAGUCCCCAUAGUAGCGUGCAAAUUCGUUACUAAUUGUGAGAGGUGUCAUCGCCUUCCCCCCCGCUUUGAAGUGCAAAAACGCUAUUUUCUGCGUCUGCUGUCGUUUUUUCAACCUUGAAGCCAGCAAUUUACCCGCUCUAUUCCCUUGUGAGUAAUGUGUGGCUUUUAACUUCCUUAAGGUGUAUCCUACUCUGUCAAGCGCCUUUUGUCGGAGUUGUUGGCGCACCUCCGAUAUUUGUUCUUUCAAUUGGAUCGAGGGGUGGGCUUGGUUCUGUAAUGUCAGGUUGUAUAAGUCUUUCUGCCAUUGUAAUGUCUGCGAUUUCCUUUUCAGGUAUGCUGCUCUUCGUAUAAGGAGUCCCCGGGUUACCGCUUUAUGGGCCUGCCAUAUCGUGUGGUGUUGUAAAUCGGGAUUGAUGUUAUCUGUAAAGUAAUGGCGUAGUGAGUCAGAAACGCUCUCCGAGAAGGACUUGUCCAACAGGAGAGUUUCAUUGAGACGCCAUGGACCCCUAUGUUUAAAAUCAUAUGUAUCCCUUAGUGUCAGUUCCAUGGGAGCGUGGUCAGACCAUACCAUCUGCCCCACUCUGCAGUCCACUAUCUGCUCAAGUGCCCCUCCCUCUACCAGUAUCGCGUCUAUUCUCGAGUAGGUGUUAUGGACCUGUGAGUGAUGGGUGAAUUCCUUAUCUUCUGUGUGUGUGACGCGCCAUGCAUUGUAGUAGUGGUGUAGGGCCAAUAAUUUCGCCAGGGUUGCGCUUUGCCGCUUGAGUGGUUUGUAUCUCUGGCUAUUUGGAGAGAGUGUAGUGUCCAGGGCUGGGUUGAGAACACGAUUUAGGUCCCCACAUAUGAUUGUCGUACCUUUGAUAUUGGAUAUUCUGGAGAUGAUUUUGUGUAUGAAGUUCCUCUGAUUGGUAUUGGGGGCAUACACGUUAGCUAUUGUGUAUAAGGCAUUAUUUAUUUUUCCAACCACGAUAACAUAUCUGCCUUCCCUAUCUGUAUCUUCAGUUAUUAGUUCAAAAGCCACCUUUGCACUUAUUAGUAUAGAGACUCCUUUUGAUUUGGUGUCAGACGUGGAGUGGAACUGGUGAGGGUGUGUCUUGGUUAAAAUGCUGGGGUGGGUAUUGCCCCUGAAAUGUGUUUUCUGGAGACACACUAUAUCAGCAUCUAGUUUCCCUAUGUCCCUACUCAAGAGGUGCCUUUGUACUGGGAGGUUGAGUCCUCUCACAUUAUGGCUGUAUAACUUUAUGGUGGUAUGUAUGGGAAGGUGUUGCUCUUGCUUAGUUUGUAUUGAUCUAUCAUGAGUCUCUGCCUUCCCCAGCUAUUUCGAGCCAGGCAGAUCUCUAUUGCUAUGAACUUCAGGGUGAGUGUAGGACCUGUCAUCCCAGGGUCCUUCCCCAGUAGUAGGCGCUCACGCCUUGCUGAGGUGUAGGAGUUAAGUAGCGUAUCUUGGCCGCCCACUAGGCCUUGAGGUGAGGGGGUUGGAUUGAGGGGGGGGGAUCGAACAAUACAAUUGGGGGUUAUUGAAUCCUCUGUCUUGCAGAGUUCUAACAUAUGUACAAUUUUGAACAAAAUUGCCAAGUUUAUGGCAAGGUUCCCAUAAGGGGAACCGUGGGGGUCGGAGCGUAUCGCUUCGAUCCUGGUUAGGGUGCUGCCGCGAGGGCGGCCCUCAUGAUGUGUAUCAUAGCGUUCGUUUGCUGGAUUAACCCGUGCCCGGUAUAGCGUCUGCACAUUGUGAACUGCAUAAGUGGUGAGCCAGCCGGCUUUAGUAUUAAGCGGCCUUCGGGUCAUGGUUGGGUAUUAUGCUCAGGUUUGCCCCUCCAUAUCGCACUCGUUGGGGCUUUUAUAUUUUGUAAGUUAUUAUAAUUUUUUUAUUUUUAAAAAAAAAUUUUUUCCUUACUGUUAGGUGGCAGUACAGUGUGGAAGGGAUCAUGUACAGGCUGUGAUGGGGGUCUGCACGUCCCUUGGGUAAGAAUUCCCAGUGUGUAUGAUACAUCAGAACCCCCACCCUUGACCCUGACCUUGUGUAGCUAGUCCGGUAGCUAUAUUUACAAACUUUGUAGUACGGCAUGGGCUAAGUGUGCAAUGUGAACGUUAGGAUUGCAUGAAGAUGGUAUACUUGCGGGCAAUAGUAAAGUUCAUAGGAGUGUCGCUUCCAGAUGCCUAUUUUCGUGCCUUCUUCCAGGCUGAGGGUUGUUGCCCGGUGGGUGCCGGUCUUGGUCUCUCGGCUGGUGGAGUGAUGCCCCAUUCCUGCAGCUUUUGGAGGCCUUCCUCCGGUGACAUGAUGGUAGUGAGAGUGCCGUUGCGUUGAAUGAGAAGUUUGGUCGGAUAUCCCCAUCGAUAUGCUAUGUUGGUGCUGCGUAGGGCUUCUGUGAUGGUGCUGAAGGACUUCCUUUUUCGUAGCGUCAUGGCCGAGAUGUCAGCAAAGAUCCCAAUCUUCUGAUAUUCCGAUGGUAUGUCUUUUCGGACUCUGCUCGCCUUGAGAACUGCCUCCUUUGCGUGAUAGUAGUGCAUUUUCAAUAUUAUGUCCCGCGGUAUGUCUGCAGGUAAGUAUGAGGGUUUCGCUACCCUAUGUAUGCGGUCCAGCAACAGGACAUCUUGCGGUAGAUCUGGUACCAGCAUGUGAAAGAGCCCCGUGGCGUAUGCGGGCAAGUCCGCUGGGCCUAUAUUUUCAGGCACGUUCCGCAGCCUCAAGUUGCUGCGACGCGCGCGGUCUUCCAUGUCCGCGAUCUUGGCCUCAUAUUCAUUCAGCCGGUCCCAUGCUUCUUCCACUUUGGUGGUUAGGCGGGUAUGCGCCUCCAUUUGUGCCUCCAUCUGGUUUUCCAGAUCCGAGGUGCGAGAGUCCAAUUUGUGUAUAUCCGUGCGGAGGUCGGUAAACGAGCGCUGCAGCGUGCCCUGUAGCUUUGCCGCCAUAUCAUCGAACAUCGCUUGCAGACUCUCCGUGGUAAGUAUAAGGUUGGCGGUCUCAUUUUGCGGACCUUGUGAGCUCUCCAGGUCGGCGCCAUCUUGCUGCUCCUCCGGUAUAGUAACUCCUCGUGUGUGCCCUUGUUUGGCACCAAAAAAGAGCAUUUUGUCGUGUUUAUCGGAUGCCCGUUUACUUUUGUUGUGGGACAUAGUGAUGGUGUGUCCCUGUAAUACUUAUUUUGUAAUAUUUCUUUAAUUGGAACUCAACUGCAGCAUUUCUUGGUUGCAACAACAAUAAGGUUCACCUCCUUUUAUAUUGGUAUGAAACUAUGGUCACUGUACCUUUAAAUAUCCAUGUAGGUAAAAUUAGGCUUUGUAGCAAUCCUUAUGAGUAAGAGGAAUAAUUAGACAAAGUGACACUUUAGUGAGUUUUAGAUACUGUGUAAUAUAAAUAAUAGUAAUUGACUUGUUUGGUAAAAGUAUUACUUAACUUAAAGGCAGUUCUGGCACUGGAAGGGUUAAUUCACCCAAUGAAGGAGAAAUUAGAAGUCCGUUUCAACAAGCUGAGAACUAGGAGUGGAGAGUGGGGAAGUCCGUUUUAACAAGCCGAGGUCUGGGAGUGGAGAAGGUAGAAUUCAGAGUUACAAGCCGAGGUCUAGGAGUGGAGAAGGUAGAAAUCCGUUUACAAGCCGAGGUCGAGAAGUGGAGAAGGUAGAAAUCCGUUUACUAGCCGAGGUAUAGAAGUGGAGCAGGUAGGAUCAGAAGUAGAGCAGCUGAUCUUCAUGCAGCACCUGUGCGAAUAAUCCAGCCCUUUGAAUCUGGCGCGGUCCUCCUAAGUAUCGUGGAGGGACCGCGUCAGAGAAAGGGGCGGGGCUGAGCGCCGUGAACCCGGAAGUGGGUUCCGGCGAUGAAUUACAUGCCAUGCUAUACCUGACAGUACCCCCUUCCCAUGGGGCAUCCUCUGGGUGCACUAUUUCGGUUUGGAGGGAUAGCGUUUGUGAAAGGCAGUAACUAACCUCCUAGCAUGUACAUUAGAUGAAUCUUCCCAAGUGUCUUCAUCAACUCCAUAACCUUUCCAUCUGAUAAGGUAUUGUAAGGAGCCACGGUGGACACGAGAAUCCAAAAUUUUGUGAAUUUCAUAUUCUUCUUCACCUUGGACAAUGAUAGGUUCAGGAGUUGUUACUAUUUCCCUAUAAAAAGGAUCAGGGAUGUGUGGUUUAAGUAAGGAGACAUGGAAUACUGGAUGAAGUUUAAAACUUGGAGGAAGUUUUAGUUUAACAACGUUAUCAUUAAUGAUAGUAAUUACUUGAAAGGGACCAAGAAAAAGAGAGCUCAAUUUCUUUGAAGGACGGCUUGUGGUAAUAUUCCUUGAAGAGAGCCAGACAAGAUCCCCUACCUUGUAAGGAGGGGGAAUUCUUCUAUUAUUGUCAAAAAACUUUUUCUGGUUAUUUUGGGCGAGUUGAAGAUUCUCCCGUAAUUUGAAAAAUAGAGAAGACAUAAAUUCAUUUUUUGAUGUAACAGUAGGAUUGGAUGAAGUAAUGGUUUGGAUGGGGAAUGAAGACGGAUGAAAACCAUAGUUGGAGAAGAAAGGAGUCAUUUUCGUACUAGAAUGAAUGGUAUUAUUGUAAGAAAAUUCGGCCAUAGGUAACCAUGUGGUCCAGUCAUCUUGGAGGUAUGAACAAUAACAUCGAAGAUAUUGUUCCAAACAUUGGUUAACCCUUUCUGUUUGCCCAUUAGUUUGGGGAUGAUAAGCGGAAGAGAGUUUGCGUUGAAUUUGAAGGGAGAGACACAUCUCUUUCCAGAAUUUGGAGGUAAAUUGUGUCCCCCUAUCAGAAAUAAUUUCUUCAGGAAGACCAUGAAGUUUCACAAUAUUGUCAAUAAAGACCUUAGACAAUUCUACAGAGGAGGGUAAUUUUUUAAAGAAAUGAAAUGGGACAUUUUUGUGAAGCGAUCCACAACGACAAGAAUAGUGGUGAAAUGUUGAGAAGGUGGAAGAUCAACGAUAAAAUCCAUAGAAAUGGAUUGCCAAGGUUUUUCUGGAAUAGGUAAGUUAAGUAGUAAUCCAAAAGGUUGAUUAUGUUCUGGUUUAGACCUUUGACAGAUAGGACAUGUUUUGACAUAUAAUGCAAUGGUUCUAUCCUGGCGAGGCCACCAAUAAUAUCGUGAAGUUAGUUCAAGUGUUUUCUUUAUUCCAGGAUGUCCAGCUAGGGGGGAAUCAUGAACCAUCUUAAGUAAUUUAUUCCUAAGAAUGGGAGGAAUAUAAAUUCUAUUUUUAAAAUAAAAUAGACCAUCCUUUUUUGUUAGUAUAGGUGUUUUGGGAAGUUCAAGAUCCUUCUGAUUCAAAUUCUUUAUGUCAUCAUGAAGAGAAGAGAGGAUUCCUAUUAUUUUGGUAGAAGGAUAAUCAUCAGUAGUAGUUUUAGAAGGAAUUCGAGAAAGAGCGUCAGCCUUUUAUUUCUAUUUCCAGGUCUGUAUAUUAAUUGGAAGUUAAAUCGGUUAAAGAAUAGGUUCCAUCUAACUUGUCUAGCUGUAAGGGUUUUGUUAGUAUAGAGAUAUUCAAGAUUUUUAUGGUCAGUAUAAACUAUUAUAGGUUGUUUUGUAUCUUCCAGAAGAUGACGCCAAUUUUCGAAGGCAGCUUUAACACUUAAUAAUUCUUUUUCACCAAUAGGAUAAUUUUUUUCAGCAGAGCUCAAGGAUCUUGAAAAAAAGGCAACUGGAUGAAGUGGAUCUUGUGGAGUCUUUUGUUGAGAAAGAACUGCUCCGAUGGCUGCAUCUGAUGCAUCAACUUCAAGAACAUAUAGGAAUGUUGGAUUAGGUAGUUGUAGAAUAGGUGCAGUUGUAAAUCUUUUUUUUAAUUCGUCGAAGGCUGUUUGAGCAUCUUUAUUCCAAUUAAAAGGACGUUUACUACUGUUGAGGAGGUUAAGAGGAUGUGAUACAUCCGAAUAGUUUCUAAUAAAUUUUCUAUAGAAGUUUGCAAAUCCAAGAAAACGUUGUAAUUCUUUUGUAGUAGUAGGAGCAGGCCAAUCAAUAAUACAUUUGAUUUUGGAAUUAUCCAUCUUCAAAGAAUGAGGUGAAAUAAUGUAUCCUAGAAAAGAGAAUUCAGUAACCUCAAAAAGGCAUUUUUCUGGUUUAGCGUAUAAUUUAUGAGUUCUCAGUCUAGAUAGAACCCAUCUAACAUGUUUCCUAUGUUCAUCCAAAUUGUUAGAAUAUAUUAAGAUAUCAUCUAAGUAGAUAAUAACACAUACAUCCAGAAGAUCUCUAAAGAUAUCAUUGAUAAAAUGUUGAAACGUUGCAGGGGCAUUACAGAGCCCGAAAGGCAUCACUAGAUAUUCGUAGAGACCAUAUCUUGUCCGGAAGGCGGUUUUCCAUUCAUCAUCCUGUUUUAUUCUAAUGAGGUUAUAUGCGCCUCGAAGGUCGAGUUUAGUGAAUAUAGUUGCAGUUCUUAACCUUUCAAUUAAUUCAUUUAUUAGUGGAAGAGGAUAACGAUUUUUAAUAGUUAUUUUAUUUAAGGCUCUGUAAUCUAUAAUAGGACGGAUGGUUUGGUCUUUAUUCUUCACAAAGAAAAUACUAGAAGCAGCAGGAGAGGUCGAGGGUCUGAUGAACCCUUUGCGUAAAUUUUCAUUAAGAUAUUCUUUUAAAAUUUCUAACUCCUUUUCAGAGAGUGGAUAAAUAUGACCAUAAGGAAUAGGAGCUCCGGGUAUGAGAUCUAUUGGGCAAUCAUAUAGCCGAUGAGGAGGAAGUGUUUCCGCUUCUUUUUUACAAAAGACAUCUGCAAAAUCGGAGUAGAAUGGAGGUAUAACUGGUUCUACAGUAGUUUGGAGAAUAGGAAUGUGUUGUAAGCACGUUUUUUUACAGAAAUCAGAAGCAAAGGAGAUGGAGAAGGGAGACCACUUAAUUAAAGGAUCAUGGUUUUUUAACCAAUUAAUUCCUAGAAUGACGGGAUGAAGUGGAGAUUUAAUAAUAUCAAAUGUAAUGAAUUCGAAAUGUACGUUGUUGGUAAUCAUUCUUAGAGGGAUUGUUUCAUCUUUGAUGGGUCCUGAGGAUAUAAAUGAACCGUCAAUAACUCUGAUUGGAAUAAAAUUGGUUUUUUGAACACAAGGAAUUUUAUUUUUUGAAACAAAAGAAAAAUCAAGAAAAGUUCCAUUAGCACCAGAAUCAAUGAUGGCCUCAGUCACGAUUCUUUUUGUAUCCCACUGUAAUAUGAGAGAUAUAGAAAAAUAAGUAGAUGCUUUUCUUUUUUGAAAAACGUUCAAUAUAGAGGUAGAUGAAUGAAGCUUACCACCUUUUGAAUGUUUCAGUAGAGGACAUUCGGAAAUUAGAUGUUCGUUCGAAGCACAAUACAUACAUAAGUUUAGUUGUCUCCUUCUUAUUCUUUCUUCAGAAGUAAGAGGACUUUUUAUUAUACCUACUUCCAUAGGUUCAGUUUGUGGAGGAAUUUUUUCAGGUAGUUUUAGAGUAGUGAAAGGUUUUCUCCAGGUAGAAUUAGUAAGAACCCUUUCAGCUUUUCUUUCUCUUAGACGUCUAUCAAUACUGAUAGACAGUUGAAUCAAUGCAUUUAAGGUAGGAGGAAGUUCUGUACGAGAGAGUUCAUCUUUCACAGCUUCAGAUAAUCCGAGACGGAAUUGAUUGCGUAAAGUAAUGUCAUUCCAUUGGGUUUCUGUAGCCCAUCUUUUGAAUUCUGCAAUAUAAUCUUCAACAGGUCUAUUCUUUUGGUGUAAUGUUCUGAUGGUUAAAUCAGCAGUAGUUUGUUUAAAAGGAUCUUCAUAUAAUAAAGACAUAGCUUCAAAGAACUCAUCCAAUGAAUCCAAUAUGGGAUCAUCAUUUUCCAAAAAGGAAUGGGCCCAUGCCAUAGGUUCACCUCUUAAAAAAGAGAUCACUGAACAGACUUUGGAUCUUUCGGUGGGAUAAGAUCUAGGUUUUAAAGCAAUUAGUAGUUUGCAAGAAUUCAAAAACUCUCUGUACUUUGUUCUAUCUCCAUGAAAUUUUUCUGGAUUACAGACAGCAGGAUCACCAGCCGAUUGAAGAGCGGCAUGAGGAAGAUGACCUUGAAUGUCUCUAACAUAGGUUAAUAUUCUCUCAUUUGUAAUUUGCAGUUCCUGUAACCCUUGAGCAAUCGUAUCCACUCUAUUGGUUAGGGCAGAAACUUGAGAGUUAAUAUCUGCUGGUUCCAUUGAAUUUGCUGGAUUAUUCUGUAAUACUUAUUUUGUAAUAUUUCUUUAAUUGGAACUCAACUGCAGCAUUUCUUGGUUGCAACAACAAUAAGGUUCACCUCCUUUUAUAUUGGUAUGAAACUAUGGUCACUGUACCUUUAAAUAUCCAUGUAGGUAAAAUUAGGCUUUGUAGCAAUCCCUUAUGAGUAAGAGGAAUAAUUAGACAAAGUGACACUUUAGUGAGUUUUAGAUACUGUGUAAUAUAAAUAAUAGUAAUUGACUUGUUUGGUAAAAGUAUUACUUAACUUAAAGGCAGUUCUGGCACUGGAAGGGUUAAUUCACCCAAUGAAGGAGAAAUUAGAAGUCCGUUUCAACAAGCUGAGAACUAGGAGUGGAGAGUGGGGAAGUCCGUUUUAACAAGCCGAGGUCUGGGAGUGGAGAAGGUAGAAUUCAGAGUUACAAGCCGAGGUCUAGGAGUGGAGAAGGUAGAAAUCCGUUUACAAGCCGAGGUCGAGAAGUGGAGAAGGUAGAAAUCCGUUUACUAGCCGAGGUAUAGAAGUGGAGCAGGUAGGAUCAGAAGUAGAGCAGCUGAUCUUCAUGCAGCACCUGUGCGAAUAAUCCAGCCCUUUGAAUCUGGCGCGGUCCUCCUAAGUAUCGUGGAGGGACCGCGUCAGAGAAAGGGGCGGGGCUGAGCGCCGUGAACCCGGAAGUGGGUUCCGGCGAUAAAUUACAUGCCAUGCUAUACCUGACAGUCCCGAUGUGCAGUUCACUGUGGUUUCGGGUCGUCAAUGCUGCAUGAGGGCAUUAAUUUUCGCGGAGCUAGAUGAGCAUGCGACCGCUCUCGUUCACGUCCAGGCCACGCCCCCGACUUACACAUUUCAACCAUCCCACAAUGCAUCACAAUCCCUCCUCUCUGUCCUGGAGAUAAUUGGGAAGUAAUCCAAUUAUCUCCAAGGACAGAGGCAAAACUCCAUUACACACAUUUUCAGUAAAAGACAUAAAAUUACACAGUCACAUUUAUGACAUAAAACAUAUACAUUCUACAUAUCCCCAGAUAGCUUAGAUCUGAGCGCACAUUACUACCGAAUGGCGCUCAGAUCACAUACAUACAUUUCAAUCGCCAUGGAGCCAAAGUCUUUCACAUAGUCUUUCGUUACACGAAUAGGCUCCAUGGCUUAGCUAUCUGGAGUGAUGCUGUUCAUUCGGUUCUGCUACCAAAUGAGAAGGUAAGGAGGCUGGCGGCUCAGCGGUGUUCGCACCAACAAGUGUCCGUUUUCAGUUUCAUAGUUUUGGCACUGAACACCGCUGGCUGUUCGGGAGGAAAAAUGGCCGCUGCCACCCAGCGUUCAUCAAUUAAGCUGCGGUUAACCGCAGCUUCUUGGCGGUCAAUUGAUGGCACACUCCAGUUCCCAGGUGGUCCAUCGUUCGGUAGUUUGUUCGGUAGAUUCCAUCUACCGAACACCCCGGCAGAAAGGCAUGAAUAAACCUUUCAGCAGGGAAAAUAACACGUCUGAACUGCAGGGCCAUAGUCUAAAGGGAGCAGGCGAGCAACCAGGCUUCUCCAGUGCAUAGUGGCGAGGUUGGUUCCGCCACAAUUGUAUAUUCCUGCUAACGAACAAUAGCACAUAGCAGUUUGUACUGACCCUCUAUGCAUUUGUAUAGCUCUAUUAUAUCCCCUUUGACACGUUUUUUUUCUGAAGAAAACCGUUUUUCUAGCCUUUCUUAAUAGCUUAUGUUUUUUAUUUGAUCCCCCAUAUUUUUUUUUUUUCUAAUUCUACACUAUCCUUCUUUAAAACUGUUGCCCAAAACUGCACAGCAUAUUCAAGGUGGGCUAUUUAUAUUGAUUUACAAAGAGUCAUAAUUAUAUUUUGGUGUCAUUAAUCAAAAUCUUUUUAUACAUGGCAGCACCUUACUGGCAGGCUGGCAUUGCAUACUGAUGCGUAGUUUUAAUCUAUAAUGGUUCCCAAGCCUUUUUUUUUUUUUUUUUAAUGUAACUAGACCACAUUAAAUGUAUAAGUGGCUCCUGUAUCCUUUCCAUACUGCAUGACUUUGCAUUUAUCUGCAUUGAAUCCCACCUGCCAUUUGCCUGCUCGGUCCUCCAAUGUAUCCUACCUCUAUAGAGAAUUUGUCAUAUUCAGAUAGUAUUGUCUUACCUAGUGUGGUGCCAUUUCCAAACACCGACAAAUGACUUUCAAAUUCUACUUGAAGGUCAUUUAUUAACAUAUUAAAGAGAAGUGGACAAGUGCAUUUUCCAUUUACAACUACUCUGUGCACUCUAUCUUUAAGCCAGUGUAAUAUCCAAGAUCCAAUUUCUUUUUUUUUUUUUUGUCUAAACCAACUGGUUUCGGUUUUACUAGUAACCUUUUGUUUGGAACUGUAUCAAAUAGGGAUCGACCGAUAUUGAUUUAAAAAAAAAUAAUAAUUUUUUUUUUUUUUUUAGAGCAGGUAUCUAUAAUCUGAACUUUCAGGCCGAUAGCUGAUAACUUACCGAUAUUCUGUACAUUUACCAUUUUAAAAAAAUAAACAAUUUCUACACAAAUCUACUGUUAACUGAACAUGUUUAUUAUGUAUUUAUUUUUUGCAGAUCUUUUUUUUUAUUAAGGUAAAUGCACAAAAUGUACAUGCCAGUCAGAAUUUUUCAUGUUUUCAAGAAUAUGUGUGUGUGUGUAUAAUAUAUGCAGUAAGAGUGUUUGAUUAGUGAAUACAGUGUGUGUGUGUUUUGUGUAGUGGAUGCAGUGUAUGUUUGUGUAGUGUGUGUAUAGUGAAUACAGUGUAUGUCUGUGUAGCUUGUGCAGGGACGUAUUAGCCGCGAGCCAAACAAGGCAUUUGCCUUGGGCAGCAUUUUCCGGGGCGGCAAAAAAAGCUGCCCCCAAAUGUCUUAUUAACCUGGCGGCUAACUAAAAAUCCUGUUGGGCGGCCCUGGCGAGGGAGCACUGAUUAGUGAGCUCUCUGCUCAGCUCCCUCACGCGCCGCAGAGUGAUGCCGGGAGCUGGAAUAUGACGUCAUAUUCCGGCUCCCGGCAUCACUCUGCGGUGCGCGAGGGAGCUGAGCAGAGAGCUCACUACUCAGUGCUCCCUCGCCAGCGCUGCCUGCCUGACCGACCAACAGCUCCACCGGACCCCAGGGAAAAGAGAACCCCACUGCCCCCCAGCAUUCCCAAAGGUAAGGAGGCUGGGGGGUUGAAUAAAAAAAAAAAAAAAAGUGAGUGUGUGAAUGUGUGUGUCUGUUAGUGAAUGUGUGUGUCUGCUAGUGACUGUGUGUGUCUGUUAGCUAGUGUAUGCGUGUCUGUCAGUGAGUGUGUGUAUUUAGAAGGCGGGGCAGGAGGAAGGGUGGGGGUGGGGGCUAAGUUUUGUCAUGCCUACGGCAGCACAAAACCAGGAUACACCACUGAGUGUGUGUAUAUAAUGAAUGCAGUGUGUGUGUUUUUAUGUAGUGUGUGUAUAGUGAACGCAGAGUGUGUGUUUGUGUAGUGUGUGUAAAGUGAAUGCAGGGAGUGUGUGUAUAGUGAAUGCAGAGUGUUUGUGCAGUGAGUGUUUGUGUAAGUAUGUAAUGUUUGUGAAAUGGGGGGUGUGGGGCAUUUUAAUGUUUUUAAAUAUUUAAUUUUUUUACAUUUAGUUUUAGUCCCCCCUCCGUGCAGCUCCCCUGUCUAACUCUCGUGGCCUGCGUGCCGCGCGGAGCGUUGCCAUGGUAACCUGUGGCAACACUUUGAUGGCAGCAGGAUUCACGAGAGUUAGACAGGGGAGCUGCUGGGAAGGUAAGUAAGCGUGUGCUGGGCCCCAAGGACCUUGAUGGUGGCCCUGGUAUGCAUUAUCUGGUAUGAUUCCUGAAAGAAAGAUUUAAAAACGGUGGUAUGGAUAUUUUACACUGUCGGGGCUCAACAAAUCAAUGCAUCUCUAUGAGGAAACGCUGAUUAGCCAGUGCUGUGUUUGGCUUGUGCUGGCUCUGCCCCUGAUUUUGCCUUCUUGACAAUCUCAGCCAAUCCAAUGCUUUCCUAUGGAAAAGCAUUGUGAUUGGCUCAGAUCACCACUUCUGAUGAUGUCAGCCAAGCAGAACCAGCAGCAGCAGACUGGAAUAAACAUAAGAUGUUACUAUAUUUAGGGGGCCAGCAGGGGUUAGAUGGCGUUUUUAACCUGACCCUAUAGUGUUUCUUCAUAACUAUUUAAUUGCUGUAGCACUUUAUACUGUGUUAACAAUAACCUGUUUGUUGUAAGGCUUUUGUAACAGAUUUACAAAUCUGCAGCCAUAGAUUCUUCUUUCUAUAUACAGAAGAAAAUAAAUUAUUUGGCACUUCUCCCUUGUCCUAAACCUCCUUUAUGAACAAACCCAUCUCAGAUUUCAAUUCACCAACACUUUCACUCUUAACAAUUUUGUCAUUAAUAUACUUAAAACAUGUGUUUGGGUUAGUCUUGCUUUCUUUGGCCAUAGUCUUUUUCAUUUUCAAGUUUAACCCAUCUUACUGCCCUUUUGCAAGCCCUAUUGGAAUAUUUAUAUGUGUUACAAGAUGCAAUUGCUCAUCUGAUUUUCAACCCUAUACAGUAAAUUGUACUAUGGUAAUUGUAAUAUUUAACAAUUCUUAUACUGUGUAUCUAUAAGGAAUAAGUGCUAUCAUAAAUCGAGGAGUCUGAGUAAAGGGUUUUGUGUAGUCCACAGGCCUGGUUUCCUAUGAUCCAUGUUCAUGUUUAAAUACACUUUCCAUGUAAUGUGACAAUGUUUAAACAUAAUGCUAUUUACAUUCAGCUUUAUGUUGGAUAUCUCCAGUUUUUAUCUCUAAUAUAAUAACGGGUAAAUUUGACUCACUUGCUAUUUAAUACCGUGGACCUUGCGAGUAAACACUUUAUAUCAAAGGAUUACUCCAUUCAUCAUGACCACUUCAGUAAUUUGAAGUGGUCAUGGUGGUAGGAGUCAGUAUAUGCAAUGUUGAAUCACUGCACUUACUUAGAUAUUUAAUUGUGCGCUGGGGGCUAAUUGUACACCCAGCACACAUGACUUUGGCAGCCCAGAACUCUGUUCCACCUGCCAGUGUCAAUUCUGUGCAUAGUUUUAAUCUGUCAGCGUGCUGGAGACAGAUGUGAGCUUCUCCCUUGCGGGAUUGAACUGCGUAAGACCCCUGUGACGUCAGAUGGGGGUGCGGUAGUCACCUGUGCCUGCGCUUGAUUCCAGGUGGGGGUUGGGGACCUCUCUAUAGUGCCCAAGAAAGUGCAGUACACUUUGGUUAGGGUAACUCUUUCUAUCUUGGUCAACCAAUUUUUUUUUAUUUAUUUUUUUUAAAUCUAAACCUUCUCCCCUCAGACUGAUCCUUCUAUGCUGAUAACACUUCUCCUUGUUAGAGGACUUGUUAAGGGGAGUACAUAGGCAGCAGGUAGAGGGAGGCUGUGCUGGCAUUGGACACUUGUUUCCAGCAUGCUGACAAUAGACAUCCAAUAUGCACAGAACUAACAUUAGCCAGCCAGGAAUUCUUGUUACAGGCCGGGUAUUGACGCCCCAAUGCCACUGCAUUACACCUCUGCUAGCAGAGGGGUUAAACUCUGUAUAUGUAGUGUUUUAUAGCUGCAUGUGCAUUCCGGGCUUUUGCAGUAACCCCCAAGUUAAAGGGACACUAUGCAUCCAGACCACUUCAACUCCUUGAAGUGGUAUGGGUGCAGUGCCCCUGUUCCCUUAACCAUGCAAUUGUAAUUAUUAUGGUUAUUGAUAAACUGCAAUAAAUUCUUUGCAGGGUUAACUUCACCUCUAGUGGUGGUCUUUGGUCCGCUAAAUGACCCUCGACGUCGUCACGCUUUGCAUGAGGACAUCCAGCGUUGGUAAAAACUCUAAUCCUUGCUGUGCAUGUGCAUUAGGUCCACCCUGUCGAGCUAGGAAAAUAUCCCCAUUAAAAUGCACAGGAAAUUCUACCCCAGCAAUGCAAGUACAUUUAGAAAAGUUUUUUUUUUUUUUGUUUUUUUUAUUCUACAAGCAAGCAGUUUUUGUUGUGUUUAUUUGGGGGGAGUGUCUAUUUGCAUGUGUUUUUUUUAUAUUUGUUGAAAUGCAAUUAAUUUUAACAAUUUUAUACCCAGAUACUGUGGAAUGUUAAAAUGAUGUUACAUACAUCUCAUGCUGACCAGGCUGACCCUGCCGAAACUGAACUAACCCACUACUGAUCGCAAUUCUUGACAGUUUGCAUGGAAGGUUUUGAGUUGUAUUGGUUUAAUUGUCCUUUUAUUUUUUUUCUUUAGAUUUAAAUAUAAAGCAGGAACAAGAUUGACAACAAAGAAUAAUGGUAAUCACAAGAUACUUUCAAACACUGCAUUAUAG